AUGUUGGAGGGACUUGUUGCCUGGGUACUCAACACAUACCUAGGCAAAUAUGUCAGCAACCUAAAUACAGACCAGCUCUCCAUCGCCCUCCUCAAAGGUAGCCUGUCUGUCUGUCCGUUUGUCUGACUCAGGGUGUCCACUGUCAGUUUCUACGAUGACAUCAUCCUCGCUCUUACCCUCAUUGAAUUUGACAGCUCUUCAACUUGCCAAACAUCCUAUGCUACCAGAAUCCCUGCAAUAUACAAUAUAGCACAAUAAAUAUAAUAAUGUAUCAUGCAUUUACUGUAACUGAAGUCUAGGCCCACCCUUGAUAACCCUUGUCUUCCCUAGGGGCGGUGGAGCUGGAAAACCUUCCCUUAAGGAAAGAUGCCCUCCGAGAGUUUGAUCUGCCCUUUGAGGUCAAAGCAGGUGAGUGAUCCAUCAAAAAGGUUAUCUUUGAAAACAUUCACAAUAACUAUAUAUAUAUAUAUAUACAGUGAGGGAAAAAAGUAUUUGAUCCCCUGCAGAUUUUGUACGUUUGCUCACUGACAAAGAAAUGAUCAGUCCAUAAUUUUAAUGGUAAGUUUAUUUGAACAGUGAGAGACAGAAUAACAACAAAAAAAUCCAGAAAAACGCAUGUCAAAAAUGUUAUAAAUUGAUUUGCAUUUUAAUGAGGGAAAUAAGUAUUUGACCCCCUCUCAAUCAGAAAGAUUUCUGGCUCACAGGUGUCUUUUAUACAGGUAACGACCUGAGAUUAGGAGCACACUCUUAAAGGGAGUGCUCCUAAUCUCAGCUUGUUACCUGUAUAAAAUACACUUGUCCACAGAAGCAAUCAAUCAAUCAGAUUCCAAACUCUCCACCAUGGCCAAGACCAAAGAGCUCUCCAAGGAUGUCAGGGACAAGAUUGUAGACCUACACAAGGCUGGAAUGGGCUACAAGACCAUCGCCAAGCAGCUUGGUGAGAAGGUGACAACAGUUGGUGCGAUUAUUCGCAAAUGGAAGAAACACAAAAUAACUGUAAAUCUUCCUCGGCCUGGGGCUCCAUGCAAGAUCUCACUUCGUGGAGUUGCAAUGAUCAUGAGAGCGGUGAGGAAUCAGCCCAGAACUACACGGGAGGAUCUUGUAAAUGAUCUCAAGGCAGCUGGGACCAUAGUCACCAAGAAAACAAUUGGUAACACACUACGCCGUGAAGGACUGAAAUCCUGCAGCGCCCGCAAGGUCCCCCUGCUCAAGAAAGCAAAUAUACAGGCCCGUCUGAAGUUUGCCAAUGAACAUCUGAAUGAUUCAGAGGAGAACUGGGUGAAAGCGUUGUGGUCAGAUGAGACCAAAAUUGAGCUCUUUGGCAUCAACUCAACUCGCUGUGUUUGGAGGAGGAGGAAUGCUGCCUAUGACCCCAAGAACACCAUCCCCACCUUCAAACAUGGAGGUGGAAACAUUAUGCUUUGGGGGUGUUUUUCUGCUAAGGGGACAGGACAACUUCACCGCAUCAAAGGGAUGAUGGACGGGGCCAUGUACCGUCAAAUCUUGGGUGAGAACCUCCUUCCCUCAGCCAGGGCAUUGAAAAUGGGUCGUGGAUGGGUAUUCCAGCAUAACAAUGACCCAAAACACACAGCCAAGGCAACAAAGGAGUGGCUCAAGAAGAAGCACAAUAAGGUCCUGGAGUGGCCUACCCAGUCUCCAGACCUUAAUUCCAUAAAAAAUCUUGGAGGGAGCUGAAGUUUCGAGUUGCCAAACGUCAGCCUCGAAACCUUAAUGACUUGGAGAAGAUCUGCAAAGAGGAGUGGGACAAAAUCCCUCCUGAGAUGUGUGCAAACCUGGCGGCCAACUACAAGAAAAGUCUGACCUCUGUGAUUGCCAAUAAGGGUUUUGCCACCAAGUACUAAGUCAUGUUUUGCAGAGGGGUCAAAUACUUAUUUCCCUCAUUAAAAUGCAAAUCAAUUUAUAACAUUUUUGACAUGCGUUUUUCUGGAUUUCUUUGUUGUUAUUCUGUCACUCACUGUUCAACUAAACCUACCAUUUAAAAUUAUAGACUGAUCAUGUCUUUGUCAGUGGGCAAAUAUACAAAAUCAGCAGGGGAUCAAAUACUUUUUUCCCUCACUGUAUAUAUAUAUAUAUAUAUAAAGUAAACUCAAUAUGCACAAUUAGAGUUAUUUUGAGUUGAGCAGAAGAUUGGCCUUAAUUUCUGUGCACUCACUACACUUAUCUCCAGUCCUUGCUGAUCAGUCCUGCUUGGUUGACCUUUUGUUCACUAAAAGAACGUCAACAAACAAUCAGUGUUAUUUAGUCUGGUAACAAGCAUGCACCCAUAAUGGCAAAGGAAAUCAAUUAUUCAACAUGCCUUUCUUUCAACCAAACCAGUGAUUGGUUUAAUUGUUAAGACAAGGCCAACUGGACGAUAAGUGUCUGUAGUCAGUGCAGCACAGUGAUUAGUAUUACAACAGUCUACAGUUCUUAGACAUACGAUAAUAAAUACACAACAGCAGCACAAUGCAUUUCACACAGUACAUGACAGCCACAGCUACACUGAGAAAGUAUAGAAGUACACAAAAGUCCUAUUUCAGGUUGAGCAAUGUUCAUUUAGUCACAUCGAAUGAAUGUUAUCUCAGCUUUUAUGACGUUUAUCUUCAUUAUUUGAUCUUCAUUAUAGUGUAUAGAUAAGGAAAAGGGGCAUCAUUGUUAUCUUCAGUAACUUCUUUACUAAGAUAAAUCGGGACACAAUACGCAGAGCAUUAUGAGUAUUUUAGUACUUCAUGCUACACCCUGCUUUCGCUCUCCAGGCUUCAUUGGGAAGAUCACGCUCCAGAUCCCGUUCUACCGACCCCACAGUGACCCCUGGGUCAUCUCCAUGUCCCAGCUCAACCUCAUCAUCGGCCCGGUCCGACCCCAGGAGUAUGACGAGGAGACGGAGAGGGAGGCCGAGCGCGAACGCAAGAAACAGCUGCUUAAGGCACUAGAGGACAAGUGGAAGGUGUGUGGGAACAGUGCCAAGAAUCCUGGAAUCAGGCUCAGUUGUAUUCUUAUCUGUAGACUGUGUAUGUAUGCAGUAUACACUGAGUGUACAAAACAUUAUGAACACCUGCUUUUUCUCUGACAUACACUGACCAGGUGAAAGCUAUGAUUCCUUAUUGAUGUCACUUGUUAACCUCUAUGGGAUGGGUGUCCCGUAUACCGGACGGUUGAGCUAAUGUGCGCUAAUGUGAUUAGCAUGACUGUUGUAAGUAACAGCAAACUUUCCAGGACAUAGACAUGUCUUAUAUGGGCAGUGAGCAUACAUUCUUGUUAAUCUAACUGCACUGUCCAAUUUACAGUAGCUAUUACAGUGAAAAAAUACCAUGUUAUUGUUUGAGGAGAGUGCAAAACAACAAACCUAUCACGGCAACUGGUUUGAUACAUUCACCUCUGAAGGUAAAUAAUGUACUUACAUUCAAUAAGCUUGCUCUGAUUUGUCAUCCUAAGGGUCCCAGAGAUCAAAUGUAGCAUAAUUUUGUUUGAUCAAAUCAAUUUUUAUAUUCAAAUGUAGGAACUGGGUUCUACAGUUUGAACCCCUGCUGUCUCUGGCUCCACACCCACCCCGCCCGGCCUCUAGAUGUGUGAAAGUUAGUGUAUAAGCUAAUGAUCCAUCAUGUAUGACAUUCCUGGGAGUGUGUAAACUUACAUUUUGUAUUACCAUAUCAUUUUUGUAUGUUCUCUAUAGUUAUGUACUUGAAAAUGUAUCAAUUGACCAAUUCAGCACAUUUGGGCAGACUUGAUUCAAAAUAGUCCAGUAUUGCAAUGCUUCACUGGAUCAAUCUGAAACUUUGCACACACUGCUGCCUGCUAGUGGCCAAAAUCUAAAUUGCGCCUAAACUGCAAUAUUAUAUUGUGGCCCUUCUCUUGCAUUUCAAAGAUGAUGGAACAACAAAAAACGCAUGUUUUUUUGUUUGUAUUAUCUUUUACCAGAUCUAAUGUGUUAUAUUCUCCUACAUUAAUUUCACAUUUCCACAAACUUUUUCCUUUCAAAUGGUAUCAAGAUUAUGCAUAUCCUUUCUUCAGGUCCUGAGCUACAUUCAGUUAGAUUUGGGUAUGUCAUUUUAGGCGAAAAUGGGAAAAAAGGGUUAGAUCCUUAUGAGGUUAAAUCCACUUCAAUCAGUGUAGAUGAAGGGGAGGAGACAGGUUAAAUAAGAUUUUUAAGCCUUGAGACAAUUGAGACAUGGAUUGUGUAUGUGUGCCAUUCAGAGGGUGAAUGUGCAAGACAAAAUAUGUAAAUGCCUUUGAUCAGGGUAUGGUAGUAGGUGCCAGGCGCACCGGUUUUUGUCAAGAACUGCAAUGCUGCAGUCAUUGUAUUAGGCUAUUGCAGUGAAGAGUGGAUUGCUACCUACUUUUGCUAUGAAAUCAUAUGUAUCCAGGAGUUCCACCAAGCCGCAAGUUUACAUGUGAUUGUGAUAUGUACAGUAUGUUCAGCAUUGUAAUGAUAGUGACAUGUUGCUCAUUAGACAACUAGUUGAUGUCUUGAUUGAUGUACCUUUCCCUCAGAGCGAGUGUGAACAGAAAGGAGAGUCCUACUGGUACUCUGUCACUGCCUCUGUAGUCACCAGGAUCGUGGAGAACAUUGAGGUAAAAUAUCAAAUGUCAUUGCAAUCCACUUGACUUGUGUUUAGAAUCAGAACUGACUUUUCCCAUUGGGGUUUCUCUUCAGCUAAAGAUACAAGAUGUCCACUUGCGAUUUGAGGAUGACUUGACCAACCCAGGGAAGCCAUUUUGCUUUGGUGUCUGCAUCAAGAACGUAUCUGCACAGAACUCUUCAAUAGAACCGGUAAGUUACAUGUACCAGUCAGACAUCGCUUGCCAUAUCAAGUGGGUAUGGCUGCUCGGUCUAACAGUGUGUUCCUCCUUCUUUACAGGCACAAAGGCUCAUGCGGCAAAAGCAACUGGAGAUUAAAGAAUUCAGUGUCUACUGGGACACAGUGUCUAGCAUGUUGGGUGAUCUCCCCGCCAACGAGAUUCAGGAGGCCAUGACCAAGUGCAUGCAGAGCCGAGAGCACCAGUAUAUCUUUGAGCCGGUGUGUGCCUCGGUGCUGCUGAGGAGGAAUGCCUCCAAGGAGCCUCUGAGGUCUCGCAACGCGCCCCGCAUCGAGGGCCAGGUUCAGCUGGAGCCUCUAUCUCUACGACUGUCACAGGUGCAGUACCAGCAGAUCAUGGCCUUCCUCAAAGAGCUGGACCGCAGGGAGAGGGAGAUGAUGUUCCGCCAGUGGAGACCCAAAGUCCCCAUCAUUGGAAACUGCCGGCCUUGGUGGAUGUUUGCCAUCCAGGCCAACCUGAGUGAGAUUCGAGAGCAGAGGCGGAGGGGGAACUGGGAGUUUGCCCUGCGGAGGGCACGGGACGCCCUGCUUUACACCAACCUCUACUUCCAGAGGCUUAAAGGAGCCCCCCUCAAUCCCCUGGAGGAGUGUGAAUUGCAGAGAGUGGAGGACGAGCAGAAUCUGGAGGAGUUGCAAAGCCUUAGGGGAGUUGUCCACGACUGCUUCCGCAAACAGGAGGAAAUCGCAGAGAGUGUGAGAGAACCUAUCGCUGAGAGCCCACCACCCUGUUCUCCCACAGGGAGCUCCAUCCCCAAUAGUGGCAGCUCUGGCAUGAUCCAGUACCUGCAGUCGUGGUUCCCUGGCUGGGGCGGCUGGUACGGAGCGUACCCUGAGACGGGCCCUGAUGAGCUGCUACCAGGCCCUGGCACCUGGGACAUCCUGGGUAAGAACUAAGGGGCAAAUUCUAACUUUCACUAACAGUCAUAAAUUGAUGUCAAUGGGAGACUGAACAUUUGAAGUUGAAGUUAGGAUUCAACCCUAAGAGCUUUUCUCCUGGAUCGUUGAACAAAAAAGUAUUGUGUGUAUGUUGCCAUUGAGUGAGUGUAGUCAAAAUAAUGGGAUAGCCCUUUAAUACGAAAGAGAGAGAAAAUGCUAUGUUGGAGUGUAGUACAGAUGCACUCUCAGUGUCUUUCAAGGACCUCACACGCUCUAAAUUGAAAAUGGUUGCUUUUCCCCCCUCGCCCAUUCCCUAUACAUUUGUGUCCUGCUGUAAGGGACGAAAAGUCACAGUGCCAUAUGUCUCACAGUCUGUGCCAACCUCAUCAACCAGAUCGUGUCCCUCUGUCUGUCCCCUGUACAGAGGAGGACCUGUUUGACCCUCUGGAGGACUCUCAGACCCUCAACACCUUCACCAGGAGAGACCACCUGUUUGCCCGGCUAGAGUUCCUGCUGGAGACGGGGGCCGUCACCCUGUUCCACCAAGACAAGAGGGGAGCUGAGAGUGGCGUCAUCGAGCUCAGGUUCUCAGGUACAGCAUGGUGUCCGAAAUGGCACCCUAUUUCUUAUACAGUGCUUUCGGAAAGUAUUCAGACCCCUUAACUUUUUCCACAUUUUGUUAUGCAAUACCCCAUAAUGACAAAGCAAAAAACGUUGUUUUUUUUUGCAAAUGUAUAAAAAAUUACAAAAUGAAAUAUCACAUUUACAUAAGUAUUCAGACCCAUUAAUCAGUACUUUGUUGAAGCCCCUUUGCUAGCGAUUACAGCCUAGAGUCUUCUUGGGUAUGACGCUACAAGCUUGGCACACCUGUAUUUGGGGAGUUUCUCCCUUCUCUGCAGAUCCUCUUAAGCUGUCAGGUUGGAAAUGGAGCGUCGCUGCACAGAUAUUUUCAGGUCUCUCGAGAUGUUCGAUUAGGUUCAAGUCCGGGCUCUGGCUGGGCCACUCAAGGACAUUCAGAGACUUGUCCCGAAGCCACUCCUGCGUUGUCUUGGCUGUGUGCUUAGGGUCGUUGUCCUUUUGGAAGGUGAACCUUUGCCACAGUCUGAGGUCCUGAGCACUCUGAAGCAGGUUUUCAUCAAUGAUCUCUCUGUACUUUGCUCUGUUCAUCUUUCCCUCGAUCCUGACUAGUCUCCCAGUCCCUACCGCUGAAAAACAUCCCCACAGCAUGAUGCUGCCACCACCAUGUUUCACCUUAGGGAUGGUGCCAGGUUUCCUCCAGACGUGACACAUGGCAUUCAGGCCAAAGAGUUCAAUCUUGGUUUCAUCAUACCAGAGAAUCUUGUUUCUCAUGGUCUGAGAGUCCUUUAGGUGCCUUUUGGCGUCUGGCCCACUCUACCAUAAAGGCCUGAUUGGUGGAGUGCUGCAGAGAUGGUUGUCCUUCUGGAAUGUUCUCCCAUCUCCACAGAGGAACUCUGGAGCUCUGUCAGAGUGACCAUCGGGUUCUUGGUCACCUCCCUGACCAAGGCCCUUCUCCCCGAUUGCUCAGUUUGGCCGGGCAGCCAGCUCUAGGAAGAGUCUUGGUGGUUCCAAACUUCUUCCAUUUAAGAAUGAUGGAGGCUACUGUGUUCUUGGGGACCUUCAAAGCUGCAGAAAUGUUUUGCUACCCUUCCCCAGAUCUGUGCCUUGACACAAUCCCGUCUCGGAGCUCUACGGACAAUUCAUUUGACCUCAUGGCUUGGUUUUUGCUCUGACAUGCCCUGCCAACUGUGGGACCUUAUAUAGACAGGUGUGUGCCUUUCCAAAUCAUGUCCAAUCAAUUGAAUUUACCACAGGUGGACUCCAAUCAAGUUGUAGAGACAUUUGAAGGAGGAUCAAUGGAAACAGGAUGCACCUGACAUACAUGUCGAGUCUCAUAGCAAAGGGUCUGAAUACUUAUGUAAAUAAGGUAUUUCUGUUGUUUCUUUUUAAUAAAUUUGCUAGCAUUUCUAAAAACCUGUUUUCGCUUUGCCAUUAUGGGGUAUUGUGCGUAGAUUGAUGAGGAAACAAUUACUUUUACCCAUUUUAGAAUAAGGCUGAAACUUAACAAAAUGUGGAAAAAGUCAAGGGGUCUGAAUACUUUCCGAAUGCGCUGUAUAUAGUGCACUACUUUUGGCCAGAGCCAUAGGGGAAUGGAGUGCCAUUUCAGAGGCAGAUUUACUUUAUAGGUGACUCCUCUCCCAAAUACUGAUAUUUGUUUGAGAACAUAAGUUGAUUGAGAAUGCAUGCUCAUGUGGGUAGUGGGUGCGGUGUGAUGAUUAUUGAUGGUUUGCCCUGAGCAAUGCUGUAACAGUGUCUCCUUUCCUCAGGGGUGAAGGUGGGAGUGGAGUCUCUGCCUCGCUCUGAGUCCUCUCUUCUGUCUGUCAAGCUGGGGGGCUUAUUCCUCAGAGACCUCACCACCCAGGGCACCAUCUUCCCCGUCCUCGUUUCCCCCAAACCGGUGAGGGAGUAGCAGGCCUGUUUGAGUUGAACAUGUGAAUAGAUUGAACAUGUGCUAUAUGUACAGAAUAUUAAUCUGUCAUUAUUAUCUCUCUAAAAGGACCAGGUUGUGGUUGCCAUAAACCAGCCUUUUGGCCAGCCUAGCAGUGCUGAAACGAGCAGCUCAGGUGAGUGUUUAGGUUUACUUGCGAAACGUCCUCUUGAAAUCCCCAAGAGGAUUGCAAAGUGCAUUAAUCACCUGUUAAAUUAAUUAUGUUUAUUUCAUGAAAUGGAAUAUAAAGACAAUAAAUGUUUAUAUUUUGUUUGGCAGUCCCUACCUUAGAGUCAUCGGCGUCCCCUGUGUUUGAAAUGAUAUACGAGCGCAACCCGGUCAGGUGUAAAUUUGAGCGGAGACUGGAGGUGAACACUAGCCCUCUGAACAUCAUCUACAACCCUCAGGCCAUUAAGAAAGUCACUGAGUUCUUCUACAAAGGAAGAGUCCACACCUCAGGUAAGAUAGAUAUAUAUAUAUAUAUAUAUAUCUAUAUAUAGUGGGGAGAACAAGUAUUUGAUGCACUGCCGAUUUUGCAGGUUUUCCUACUUACAAAGCAUGUAGAGGUCUGUAAUUUUUAUCAUAGGUACACUUCAACUGUGAGAGACGGAAUCUAAAACAAAAAUCCAGAAAAUCACAUUGUAUGAUUUUUAAGUAAUUAAUUUGCAUUUUAUUGCAUGACAUAAGUAUUUGAUACAUCAGAAAAGCAGAACUUAAUAUUUGGUACAGAAACCAUUGUUUGCAAUUACAGAGAUCAUACGUUUCCUGUAGGUCUUGACCAGGUUUGCACACACCGCAGCAGGGAUUUUGGCCCACUCCUCCAUACAGAACUUCUCCAGAUCCUUCAGGUUUCGGGGCUGUCGCUGGGCAAUACAGACUUUCAGCUCCCUCCAAAGAUUUUCUAUUGGGUUCAGGUCUGGAGACUGGCUAGGCCACUCCAGGACCUUGAGAUGCUUCUUACGGAGCCACUCCUUAGUUGCCCUGGCUGUGUGUUUCGGGUCGUUGUCAUGCUGGAAGACCCAGCCACGACCCAUCUUCAAUGCUCUUACUGAGGGAAGGAGGUUGUUGGGCAAGAUCUUGCGAUACAUGGCCCCAUCCAUCCUCCCCUCAAUACGGUGCAGUCGUCCUGUCUCCUUUGCAGAAAAUAAUCCCCAAAGACUGAUGUUUCCACCUGUAUGCUUCACGGUUGGGAUGGUGUUCUUGGGGUUGUACUCGUCCUUCUUCUUCCUCCAAACACGGCGAGUGAAGUUUAGACCAAAAAGCUCUAUUUUUGUCUCAUCAGACCACAUGACCUUCUCCCAUUCCUCCUCUGGAUCAUCCAGAUGGUCAUUGGCAAACUUCAGACGGGCGUGGACAUGCGCUGGCUUGAGCAGGGGGACCUUGCGUGCGCUGCAGGAUUUUAAUCCAUGACGGCGUAGUGUGUUACUAAUGGUUUUCUUUGAGACUGUGGUCCCAGCUCUCUUCAGGUGAUUGACCAGGUCCUGCCGUGUAGUUCUGGGCUGAUCCCUCACCUUCCUGAUGAUCAUUGAUGCCCCACAAGGUGAGAUCUUGCAUGGAGCCCCAGACCGAGGGUGAUUGACCGUCAUCUUGAACUUCUUCCAUUUUCUAAUAAUUGCGCCAACAGUUGUUGCCUUCUCACCAAGCUGCUUGCCUAUUGUCCUGUAGCCCAUCCCAGCCUUGUACAGGUCUACAAUUGUAUCCCUGAUGUCCUUACAGCUCUCUGGUCUUGGCCAUUGUGGAGAGGUUGGAGUCUGUUUGAUUGAGUGUGUGGACAGGUGUCUUUUAUACAGGUAACGUGUUCAAACAGGUGCAGUUAAUACAGGUAAUGAGUGGAGAACAGGAGGACUUCUUAAAGAAAAACUAACAGGUCUGUGAGAGCCGGAAUUCUUACUGGUUGGUAGGUGAUCAAAUACUUAUGUCAUGCAAUAAAAUGCAAAUUAAUUACUUAAAAAUCAUACAAUGUGAUUUUCUGGAUUUUUGUUUUAGAUUCCGUCUCUCACAGUUGAAGUGUACCUAUGAUAAAAAUUACAGACCUCUACAUGCUUUGUAACUAGGAAAACCUGCAAAAUCGGCAGUGUAUCAAAUACUUGUUCUCCCCACUGUGUGUGUAUGUAUAUAUAUAUAUAUAUAUAUAUAUAUACUGCUCAAAAAAAUAAAGGGAACACUUAAACAACACAUCCUAGAUCUGAAUGAAUGAAAUAAUCUUAUUAAAUACUUUUUUCUUUACAUAGUUGAAUGUGCUGAGAACAAAAUCACACAAAAAUUAUCAAUGGAAAUCAAAUGUAUCAACCCAUGGAGGUCUGGAUUUGGAGUCACCCUCAAAAUUAAAGUGGAAAACCACACUACAGGCUGAUCCAACUUUGAUGUAAUGUCCUUAAAACAAGUCAAAAUGAGGCUCAGUAGUGUGUGUGGCCUCCACGUGCCUGUAUGACCUCCCUACAACGCCUGGGCAUGCUCCUGAUGAGGUGGCGGAUGGUGUCCUGAGGGAUCUCCUCCCAGACCUGGACUAAAGCAUCCGCCAACUCCUGGACAGUCUAUGGUGCAACGUGGCGUUGGUGGAUGGAGCGAGACAUGAUGUCCCAGAUGUGCUCAAUUGGAUUCAGGUCUGGGGAACGGGCGGGCCAGUCCAUAGCAUCAAUGCCUUCCUCUUGCAGGAACUGCUGACACACUCCAGCCACAUGAGGUCUAGCAUUAGGAGGAACCCAGAGCCAACCGCACCAGCAUAUGGUCUCACAAGGGGUCUGAGGAUCUCAUCUCGGUACCUAAUGGCAGUCAGGCUACCACAUGGAGGGCUGUGUGGACCCCCAAAGAAAUGCCACCCCACACCAUGACUGACCCACUGCCAAACCGGUCAUGCUGGAGGAUGUUGCAGGCAGCAGAACGUUCUCCACGGCGUCUCCAGACUCUGUCACGUCUGUCACAUGUGCUCAGUGUGAACCUGCUUUCAUCUGUGAAGAGCACAGGGCGCCAGUGGCGAAUUUGCCAAUCUUGGAGUUCUCUGGCAAAUGCCAAACGUCCUGCACGGUGUUGGGCUGUAAGCACAACCCCCACCUGUGGACGUCGGGCCCUCAUACCACCCUCAUGGAGUCUGUUUCUGACCGUUUGAGCAGACACAUGCACAUUUGUGGCCUGCUGGAGGUCAUUUUGCAGGGCUCUGGCAGUGCCCCUCCUGCUCCUCCUUGCACAAAGGCGGAGGUAGCGGUCCUGCUGCUGGUUUGUUGCCCUCCUACGGCCUCCUCCACGUCUCCUGAUGUACUGGCCUGUCUCCUGGUAGCGCCUCCAUGCUCUGGACACUACGUGACAGACACAGCAAACCUUCUUGCCACAGCUCACAUUGAUGUGCCAUCCUGGAUGAGCUGCACUACCUGAGCCACUUGUGUGGGUUGUAGACUCCGUCUCAUGCUACCACUAGAGUGAAAGCACCGCCAGCAUUCAAAAGUGACCAAAACAUCAGCCAGGAAGCAUAGGAACUGAGAAGUGGUCUGUGAUCACCACCUGCAUAACCACUUCUUUAUUGGGGGUGUCUUGCUAAUUGCCUAUAAUUUCCACCUGUUGUCUAUUCCAUUUGCACAAACGCCUGUGACAUUUAUUGUCAAUCAGUGUUGCUUCCUAAGUGGACAGUUUGAUUUCACAGAAGUGUGAUUGACUUGGAGUUACAUUGUGUUGUUUAAGUGUUCCCUUUAUUUUUUUGAGCAGUGUAUGUAUAUAUAUAUAUAUAUAUAUAUAUAUAUAUAUAUAUAUAUAAUAUAUAUAUUAUAUAUAUAUCUAUAUAUAUAUAUAUAUAUAUGAUAUAUAUAUAUAUAUACACAUAGACAUUACUCUUUAAUCUCUCUAUCUACUAUAUCCUCCUCCUCCCUCCAUACACAUACCACCACACCCCCAUAUACACACUACCGGUCAAAAGUUUUAAACACCUACUCAUUCAAGGGUUUUUCUUUAUUUUUUACUAUUUUCUACAUUGUAGAAUAAUAGGGAAGACAUCAAAACUAUGAAAUAACACAUAUGGAAUCAUGUAGUAACCAAAAAAGUGUUAAACGUAUCAAAAUAUAUGUUAUAUUUGAGAUUCUAAAAAUAGCCACCCUUUGCCUUGAUGACAGCUUUGCACACUCUUGGCAUUCUCUCAAUCAGCUUCAUGAGGUAGUCACCUGGAAUGCAUUUCAAUUAACAGGUGUGCCUUCGUAAAAGUUAAUUUGUGGAAUUUCUUUCCUUCUUAAUGCAUUUGAGCCAAUCAGUUGUGUUGUGACAAGGUAGGGGGGUAUACAGAAGAUAGCCCUAUUUGGUAAAAGACCAAGUCCAUAUUAUGGCAAGAACAGCUCAAAUAAGAAAAGAGAAACGACAGUCCAUCAUUGCUUUAAGACAUGAAGGUCAGUCAAUACGGAACAUUUCAAGAUCUUUGAACAUUUCUUCAAGUGCUAUGAUGAAACUGGCUCUCAUGAGGACCACCACAGGAAUGGAAGACCCAGAGUUACCUCUGCUGCAGAGGAUAAGUUCAUUAGAGUUACCAGAAAUUGCAGCCCAAAUAAAUGCUUCAGAGUUCAAGUAACAGACACAUCUCAACUGUUCAGAGGAGACUGUGUGAAUAAGGCCUUCAUGGUCGAAUUGCUGCAUAGAAACCACUACUAAAGGACACCAAUAAGAAGAAGAAACCUGCUUGGGCCAAGAAACAUGAGCAAUGGAAAUCAGACCAGUGGAAAUGUGUCCUUUGGUCUGGAGUCCAAAUUUCAGAUUUUUGGUUCCGACCGCCGUGUCUUUGUGAGACACGGUGUGGGUGAACAGAUGAUAUCCGCAUGUGUAUUUCCCACUGUAAAGGAUGGUGGAGGAGGUGUGAUGGUGUUGGGAUGCAUUGCUGGUGACACUGUCUGUGAUUUAUUUAGAAUUCAAGGUAAACUUAACCAGCAUGGCUACCACAGCAUUCGGCAGCGAUAUGCCAUCGCAUCUGGUUUGGCUUAAUGGGACUAUCAUUUGUUUUUCAAUAUGAUUCCAUAUGUGUUAUUUUAUAGUUUUGUUGUAUUCACUAUUAUUCUACAAUGUAGAAAUAAAGAAAAACCCUUGAAUGAGUAGGUGUGUCAACUUUUGACUGGUACUGUGUGUAUAUAUAGCAAAAACAGGUUUUUAGACAUGUUUGCAAAUGUAUUAAAAAUAGAAAACUGAUGUUACAUUUACAUAAGUAUUCAGAACCUUUACUCCGUGCUUUGUUGAAGCACCUCUGGCAGCGAUUACAGCCUCAAGUCUUCUUGGGUAUGACGCUACAAGCUUGGCACACCUGUUUUUGGGGAGUUUCUCCCAUUCUUCUCCAUUGAUCCUCUCAAGCUCUGUCAGGUUGAAUGGGGAGCGUCGCUGCACAGCUAUUUUCAGGUCUCUACAGAGAUGUUUGAUCGGGUUCAAGUCCGGGCUCUGGCUGGGCCACUCAUGGCCAUUCAGAGACUUGUCCCGAUACCACUCCUGCGUUGUCUUGGCUGUGUGCUUAGGGUCGUUGUCCUUUUGGAAGGUGAACCGUCGCACCAGUCAGGUCCUGAGUGCUCUGGAGCAGGUUUUCAUCAAUGAUCUCUCUGGACAUUGUUCCGUUCAUCUUUCCCUCGAUCCUGACUAGCCUCCCAGUCCCUGCCUCUGAAAAACAUCCCCACAGCAUGAUGCUUCUUCCACCACCAUGCUUCACUGUAGGGAUGGUGCCAGGUUUCCUUCAGACGUGGCACUUGGCAUUCAGGCCAAAGAGUUCAAUCUUGGUUUCAUCAGACCAGAGAAUAUUGUUUCUCAUGGUCUGAGAGGCCUUUAGGUGCCUUUUGGCAAACUCCAUGCGGGCUGUCAUGCGCCUUUUACUGAGGAGAGGCUUACGUCUGGCCACUCUACCAUAAAGUCCUGAUUGGUCGAUUGCUGCAGAGAUGGUUGUCCUUCUGGAAGGUUCUCCCAUCUCCACAGAGGAACUCUGGAGCUCUGUCAGCGUGACCAUCGUGUUCUUGGUCAUCUCCCUGAUUAUUCAGUUUGGCCGGGCAGCCAGCUCUAGGAAGAGUCUUGGUGGUUCCAAACUUCUUCCAUUUAAUAAUGAUGGAGGCCACUGUGUUCUUGGGGACCUUCAAAGCUGCAGAAAUGUUUUGCUACCCUUCCCCAGAUCUGUGCCUUGACACAAUCCUGUCUCGGAGCUCUACGGACAAUUCCUUCGAACUCAUGGCUUGUUUUUUGCUCUGACAUGCUCUGUCAACUGUGGGACCUUAUAUAGACAGGUGUGUGCCUUUACCACAGGUGGACUCCAAUCAAGUUGUAGAAACAUCUCAAGGAUGAUCAAUGGAAACAGGAUGCACCUGAGUAUCAAUUUCGAGUUUCAUAGCAAAGGGUCUGAAUACUUAUGUAAAUAAAGUAUUUCUGUUUUUUAUUUAUAAUACAUUUGCCAACAUUUCUAAAAACCUGUUUUCGCUUUGUCGUUAUGGGGUAUUGUGUGUAGAUUGAUGAGAAUUUUUUUAUUUAAUCAAUUUUAGAAUAAGGCUGUAAUGUAACAAAAUGUGGAAAAAGGGAAGGGGUCUGAAUACUUACCGAAUGCACUGUGUGUGUGUGUGUAUGUGUGUGUGUGAUAUAUAUAUAUAUAUAUAUAUAUAUAUAUAUAUAUAUAUAUAUAUAUAUAUAUAUAUAUAUACUGCUCAAAAAAAUAAAGGGAACACUUAAACAACACAUCCUAGAUCUGAAUGAAUGAAAUAAUCUUAUUAAAUUUUCUUUACAUAGUUGAAUGUGCUGACAACAAAAUCACACAAAAAUUAUCAAUGGAAAUCAAAUUUAUCAACCCAUGGAGGUCUGGAUUUGGAGUCACCCUCAAAAUUAAAGUGGAAAACCACACUACAGGCUCACUCAACUUUGAUGUAAUGUCCUUAAAACAAGUCAAAAUGAGGCUCAGUAGUGUGUGUGGCCUCCACGUGCCUGUAUGACCUCCCUACAACGCCUGGUUAUGCUCCUGAUGAGGUGGCGGAUGGUCUCCUGAGGGAUCUGCUCCCAGACCUGGACUAAAGCAUCCGCCAACUCCUGGACAGUCUGUGGUGCAACGUGGCGUUGGUGGAUGGAGCGAGACAUGAUGUCCCAGAUGUGCUCAAUUGGAUUCAGGUCUGGGGAACGGGCAGGCUAGUCCAUAGCAUCAAUGCCUUCCUCUUGCAGGAACUGCUGACACACUCCAGCCACAUGAGGUCUAGCAUUGUCUUGCAUUAGGAGGAACCCAGGGCCAACCGCACCAGCAUAUGGUCUCACAAGGGGUCUGAGGAUCUCAUCUCGGUACCUAAUGGCAGUCAGGCUACCUCUGGCGAGCACAUGGAGGGCUGUGCGGCCCCCCCAAAGAAAUGCCACCCCACACCAUGACUGACCCACCGCCAAACCGGUCAUGCUGGAGGAUGUUGCAGGCAGCAGAACGUUCUCCACGGCAUCUCCAGACUCUGUCACGUCUGUCACAUGUGCUCAGUGUGAACCUGCUUUCAUCUGUGAAGAGCACAGGGCGCCAGUGGCGAAUUUGCCAAUCUUGGUGUUCUCUGGCAAAUGCCAAACAACCUGCACGGUGUUGGGCUGUAAGCACAACCCCCACCUGUGGACGUCGGGCCCUCAUACCACCCUCAAGGAGUCUGUUUCUGACCGUUUGAGCAGACACAUGCACAUUUGUGGCCUGCUGGAUGUCAUUUUGCAGGGCUCUGGCAGUGCUCCUCCUGCUCCUCCUUGCACAAAGGCAGAGGUAGCGGUCCUGCUGCUGGGUUGUUGCCCUCCUACGGCCUCCUCCACGUCUCCUGAUGUACUGGCCUGUCUCCUGGUAGCGCCUCCAUGCUCUGGACACUACGCUGACAGACACAGCAAACCUUCUUGCCACAGCUCGGUUUGAUGUGCCAUCCUGGAUGAGCUGCACUACCUGAGCCACUUGUGUGGUUUGUAGACUCCGUCUCAUGCUACCACUAGAGUGAAAGCACCGCCAGCAUUCAAAAGUGACCAAAACAUCAGCCAGGAAGCAUAGGAACUGAGAAGUGGUCUGUGGUCACCACCUGCAGAACCACUUCUUUAUUGGGGGUGUCUUGCUAAUUGCCUAUAAUUUCCACCUGUUUUCUAUUCCAUUUGCACAACAGCAUGUGAAAUGUAUUGUCAAUCAGUGUUGCUUCCUAAGUGGACAGUUUGAUUUCACAGAAGUGUGAUUGACUUGGAGUUACAUUCUGUUGUUUAAAUAUUCCCUUUAUUUUUUUGAGCAGUGUAAUAUAUAUAUAUAUAUAUAUAUACACACACACACACACUACCGUUCAAAAGUUUGAGGUCACAAGUUUGCUAAUCCAAGUUGAUCAUUUUAAAAGGCUAAUUGAUCAUUAGAAAACCCUUUUGCAAUUAUGUCUACACUGUAUUUCUGAUCAAUUUGAUGUUAUUUUAAUGGACCAGAAAAUUGCUUUUCUUUCAAAAACAAGGACAUUUCUAAGUGUACCCAAACUUUUGAACGGUAGUGUAUAUGUAUAUAUACUACCAGUCAAAAGUUUGGACACACCUACUCAUUCAAGGGUUUUUCUUUAUUUUUUACUAUUUAUUACAUUGUAGAAUAAUAAUGAAGACCUGAAAACUAUGAAAUAACACAUAUGGAAUCAUGUAGUAAAUAUAUUUUAUAUUUGAGAUUCUUCAAAUAGCCGCCCUUUGCCUUGAUGACGGCUUUGCACACUCUUGGCAUUCUCUCAACCAGCUUCACCUGGAAUGCUUUUCCAACAGUCUUUAAGGAGUUCCCACAUAUGCUGAGCACUUGUUGGCUGCUUUUCCUUCACUAUGCAGUCCAACUCAUCCCAAACCAUCUCAAUUUGGUUGAGGUCGGGUGAUUGUGGAGGCCAGGUCAUUUGAUGCAGCACUCCAUCACUCUCCUUCUUGGUAAAAUAGCCCUUACAUAGCCUGGAGGUGUGUUGGGUCAUUGUCCUGUUGAAAAACAAAUGAUAGUCCCACUAAGCCCAAACCAGAUGGGAUGGCGUAUCACUGCAUAAUGCUGUGAUAGCCAUGCUGGUUAAGUGUGCCUUCUAAGUGUCACCAGCAAAGCACCCCCACACAAUAACACCUCCUCCUCCAUGCUUUACGGUGGGAAAUACACAUGCGGAGAUCAUUCGUUCACCCACACCGCAUCUCACUAAGACACAGCGGUUGGAACCAAAAAUCUCAAAUUUGGACUCAUUAGACCAAAGGACAGAUUUCCACCGGUCUAAUGUCCAUUGCUCGUGUUUCUUGGCACAAGCAGGUUUCUUCUUCUUAUUGGUGUCCUUUAGUAGUGGUUUCUUUGCAGAAAUUCGACCAUGAAGGCCUGAUUCACACAGUCCACUCUGAACAGUUGAUGUUGAGAUGUGUCUGUGACUUUAACUCUGUGAAGCAUUUAUUUGGGCUGCAAUUUCUGAGGCUGGUAACUCCUAAUGAACUUAUCCUCUGCAGCAGAGGUAACUCUGGGUCUUCCAUUCCUGUGGCGGUCCUCAUGAGAGCAAGUUUCAUCAAAGCGCUUGAUGGUUUUUGCGACUGCACUUGAAGAAAUUCCUCAUAUUAACUUUUAAGAAGGCAGACCUGUUAAUUGAAAUGAAUGCCAAGGGUGUGCAAAGCUGUCAUCAAGGCAAAGGGUGGCUAUUUGAAGAAUCUCAAAUAUAAAAUAUAUUUUGAUUCGUUUAACACUUUUUUGGUUACUACAUGAUUCCAUAUGUAUUAUUUCAUGGUUUUGAUGUCACCACUAUUAUUCUACAAUGUAGAAAAUAGUACAAAUAAAGAAAAACCCUUAGGUAGGUGUGUCCAUACUUUUGACUGGUACUGUAUAACCACACGGUAUUGUUUGCCCUUUUGUUGAUGCACCAAAAGGGUGGAAUGUAAGUGCUGUAGCUAGUACUGUAGCCUAUUUUUCCAAUUUGCUCAUGAAACAUUUUAAUUCUCAGGAAAAUAAAAGGUAUCAAAAGAUAUUAUGAUUUGUUUUUCAGGUUUUGGGUACCAGUCGGAGCUGGAGGCGAGAGUGGCGGAAGCUGCCAGGAGGCAAUACAACAAGCUCAAGAUGCAGACCAAGGCAGAGAUCAGACAAACCCUCGACCAGCUACUAGUGGGAGAGUUCAUUGUAAUAACUUUUUUCUUCUUUCCUCUCACCCCAGGUAUCAUUCAAAUGUUGUAGGUGAACAGUAAAGUUGAUGAUAUGAUAAUUGAUCACAUAAUUGCAUAACAAGCAUUUCGCUACGCCCGCAAUAACUUCUGCUAAACACGUGUAUGUGACCAAUAAAAUGUGAUUUAAUUAAUGGUUAUUGAAUAUUUUAAAACUAAUUGCCCCCUUUUUUAAGUGUCUGUAAUUGGUAUAUGCUAAUGUUGUGUGUGACUUUGUGCUUUUGCUCUAUUUCUCAUUACAGGAGAACAGUAAGCGCUGGACUAUGAAGUUGGAUAUCUGUGCCCCCCAGGUGAUUUUCCCAGAUGACUUCCAGUCACAGGACCCCAUGUUAGUGGUGGUUGACCUGGGACGGAUACUCCUCACUAACUCACAAGGUAAAAUUAGCUUGCCUCUUCGCACAACACAUUUGACUAAGCUGAUUCUUUCAAAGGUAGACUCAGCACAGUUUGCAGUCUUGUAAAAUGGUUGUUGUUGAUGUUGGUAAACAAUAAGCAGUAAGUUAUUUCUGUCAUUUUGCUUAGUCUAUAUUGUAUGAAAGAUAUUCUGUAUCUGUUUAAAAUCUUCAUUUUAUUUUCUCUUUAAAGAUGACACUAAAACAAAGUCGAAGACCACUCAGCCAGAGGGGGAGGAGUAUAACAGUGAUGAAGAGUACCAGACUCCACUGGCCACACCCCCAAAUUCUCCCCCCCCUGAAAUGGAGACGGAGUUCAAAGACCAGAACAACUACCCCCAGCUCGCAAGCCUUAAAUCCCCCGACGGGGUCCAGGCCUUCAGCAGAAACCUCUACGAGAAGUACUCGCUGUCCUUCAAGGACUUGCAGAUCAUGGUGGGCCGCUACAAAGACAACUGGAAGCACCUGCAGGAGAGCGAGGUGGGGCCCACCCACGUGGUUGAGAAGUUCAACGUGCUACUGGAGCUGGAGCAGAGGCUGCGCUACACCUCAGACCCCCAGCUCCCUGGGGCUGUGCUUUCCGGGACCCUGCCAGAUCUCAAGGUCCACAUCAACCUGGAGAAGAUUACCGCCCUCAGGAGCUGCCUGGCCCGACUGGGCAGCCCCGCUGAGGAGGACGAGAGCCAGGAGAAAGCAGAGAGCGCCAAGACGCCUGACCCCUCCAACCUGCGCCAUGAGAAGAUCUUCCAGAGGGAGGACAGCCAGUGGAAGCUCCAGGGCUCAGCCAAGAACCUUACCCAGAGCGUGAUGACCCUGGAGCAGCACACGAGGGAGGUCCUGGUGGAGUCACGCCUCCUCCUGGCUGAGUUCAACAUCAACUACAUGCAGCUGGGCGUGGAGAGCAACGGACGAUACAUCUCCGUCCUUAAGGUCUUUGGCACCAACGGCCAUUUUGUGAAGCGGCCUUACGACGCAGAGGUGUCCCUCACCGUCCACGGCCUGCUGCUUGUGGACACACUACAGACCUACGGCUCCGACUUUGACCUCCUGGUGGCCUCCCACAAGCACCUGAGCUUCGAUGUGCCUACGGGCAGCCUCCGAGAGAGCCAGCCCUCCUCCCCUGCCGGGCCCGAGGGGAUGUCGCCCGAGCACCCGGCCCUUCACCGAGACUCCUCCUCUGGGCUACUCUUCGACAGAUCCUCCCCGUUCAGCUCCUUCCUCAGAGACCAGGAGGCCCUCAUCAAACUGGAGUACCAGUUUGUCAGCUCGGACUGCCCGUCCAUGAACCUGGACAGCUCCCUCCAGGUGACCACCAUGCAGGUCAACAACCUGGACAUCAUCCUCAACCCGGAGACCAUGGUGGAGCUGCUCAAGUUCCUCCAGAAGUCUUUCCCCAAGGAGGAGAGCCCCUUGACCCAGCAGCCAUCGCCCCUUCCAGCGGGCCAGGGCCAGGAGGGUCAGGAGGAGACCUACCAGUCCACCUACGACCAGAACAAGGAGCUGACAGUAGAGAUCCACAGGCUGAACCUGCUGCUGCUGAGGACCGUGGCCACUGGCAGCGUACUGGGCAGAGAGAAGAAAGGCUUGAAGAUCGCCACGGCCAGCAUCAACGGCACCAAGGUCAACGUGUCCAUGGGCAGCCGGUUGGACGUCAAUGGCUCGCUGGGUUCUAUCCAGCUAGUGGACCUGACCCAGGAGGGCGGCCGGAGCCAGUUUGUGGUCAGCAUUGGCAAUGUAGAAGACGACCCCUCGGCAGCAGGAGGCGUAGCCUUCUUUUGUGGCUCUGAAGGAGCCUCCUCAGAGGCGUUGAACUUCCGACUGCUGGAGCGCUCCCAGGGGGAGUGCUCAUUGACACUGCAGAUGGCCUCACUGCACUACAACCACUCCGCCAAGUUCCUGAAGGAGCUGAGCCUCUCGGCCAACGAGCUAGAGGACAACUUCCGCUCCAUGCUCAAGACAGCCGCCACCAAGGUGUCCACAGUGCUGGCAACCAAGACGGCGGAGUACAGCGGCAUGGUCUCCCUGUUCGAGACGCCGUCGCGGCGCUCCAGGACCCAGAGCCAGAGCAAUUGGAGCAACUACCCAUUUGAGGAUGAGGAGGAUCUGAGCGUGCAGGAGGAAGAACCCACCAUAGACUCGUUUAUGGUCAAGCUGAUCCUCAAUGUCAGCAUCGAGUCACCAGUCGUGUCCAUUCCCCGUAAACCUGGUCACCCCGAACUCCUGGUGGGUCACCUGGGGAGUAUCACCAUCCAGAACUUUGUUGCCGGGCAGGACUCGGAAGGGGAGAGACUACAGGUGCUAGUGAAGGAUAUCCGACUCUACUCACUCAAUACCAGUCACCUUGUGUUGCGGAAGGUAGCUAGAACUGACAGCAGUUCUUCUACCCAAUCGCCUUCUCACAACGGAAAUGUCAAUCAGGACGAGCCACAGUUUACUCGCCAUGACUUCUUUGAAUACCUGAGUCGGGGAAAAGGUGAGGAGAAACUAUUUAGAAUGGGAAGUGAAGAGAGUGUCCCCCCCAUUUCCUUUCAAUGGUUUUGCUAGAUUUAGAGUUACUGUAUUGGUAUUGUUGUAUUACGGUGUUGGGUUGUUAUGAUGACUCCCACUUUUCUCUCUCUCUCAGCCUUCCAUAUUCUGAAAGACACCACCAUUCAGUUCACCCUGGAGAAAGUUCCUCCCAUUGAUGAGGAUACCCAGUUCACCUUUCUAACCACAGACGAGCCCUAUAACAGCACAGGGUUACUUCGGGUGGAGGGCAAGUUUGUCAACUCUGUGCAGGUAUACUUUGCAAAUGUCAAAUAUGUCCAAUGUCUUUUCGUCUUUGACUGAAUCAAAUGACCUGAAUAUAAUUAAAUCUUAAUAUAUUUUAUGUUGUGCUUUCUAUUGCAAUGAGGGUAGAGGUAUGCAAAUACAUGCAAAUGUUUACUGUCUAUUUCGUUUUUAGAUGAUGUUUUGACUUUGUGCUCUCAGGUGUUCCUGGCCAAGCCUGUGUAUGAGCAGGUUCUGCAGACACUGGAUAACCUUACCCUCACUGAGCCCCAGAGAGUGACGCCCAGUCAGCCUCCCACCCCGCCGCCCCCCACCCCCUCCUCCACCAAACCCCACCGCUUCCCAGAUCCCCAGGGUGGGCUCUUUGCCCGGGACCCCCCGCUCAUCGGCCUCUCCUACACCUCCCUGUCCAACUCGCUGUCGUCCCCCAAGCCCCUGCAGUCCCACAGUCCCCCACUGCAGACACUCUCCUUCACCCAGGUGAGGGCCACCUUCAGGGUGACAGAGCUCCAGGUGCAGCUGAGUGCUGACCUCAGCCAGGGUUCCCAGGGGCUGGUCAGCCUGUGCUUCCAGGACCUGGAGGGAGACUUCACCAAAGACCACCCCCACUGCCUGUCUGUCCAGCUCACGUUGCGCUCCCUUCUCAUGGAGGACCUCCUUGAGCAGAACCCUGAGUCCAAGUACAAGCACCUGAUGGUUUCCAGGGGCGCUCCCAAGCCCUCCACAUUCAGCCCCAAGGAGUACCUGUCCCAGUCGUGCCCAUCGGCCUCUAACGCCCUCUACCCCGAAAUGCCCCGCUCGCUGCCCGCCCAUAUGGAGGAGGCCCAGAAUGUCUUCCAGCUGUACCAGAGACACCCCAGCACCCCGUCGGCCGCCAGCCGUAAGAGCGGACCCAAGAAGGACCCUGCCUGCCCCAGCACCCCGCCGCCCUCCCCCACCCACAAUACCCCUUCGCCCCACCCACCGCCCUCCGACUUUGACGAGUCUCUUGUUCACAUCAACUUGCUGCUGGUGGACCCGCGCCACCCAGAGUUCCAGAGCCGAUACGGUGGAGUGGGGCGGAGCAUCGACGUGGACUUCAACUGCCUGGAUGUGCUGAUCACACUGCAAACAUGGGUGGUCAUCCUGGACUUCUUCGGGAUCGGCUCCACGGCCAACAACCACGCAGUCAAAGUGCCCUCGGCCUUCCCCCAGCAGCCCAUGCCGGGACAUCCUCUGUUCCAGCCAGGGAACCCACACGACCUGGGAGACAUGUACCCAGAUCUCAGCCAGGAGGAAGUUGCUGAGGUGGUCAACACUAAACUGGAUCUCAAGGUGCAGUAGUCUCUCAGUAGCAGCACUGAAGACACAUUGACAUGGAUGUUCAGUGAUGUUGUGAGAGUUACAAGGAAUCUAAAUAAAUAUAGGUACAAUGGUGAGUAUGAUUACAUUUCCUCAAUGUAUUUAACACCAUGUUUUCCUCCUCAGGUCCAUGCGCUGGCUCUUGUGCUAAACAAGAAAACCAAUGAGCUUGCUAAAGCUAGUGUCUCCAAACUGUCUGCCCACUGGGAAAUGAUUGGUAGGUAAUCAACUUAAUGUUGCACUUAGAAAUCAACAGUUAAAUCAUAGUAAUUGAAAAAACGGUUGUAUGAAUAUAAUACAAUAUCAAUCAUGGUACAUUCAUGUGAAGUAUUUAAUUUAUGGUUUGUUGUAUCACACUGUUCAAGAACAAUGAGUUUGCAUCUCAUGCAGUGUGAUGUCAUAUCCUAUAUUUCAGAUGGCGACCUAGCGUUGCAGGGGAGUCUGGGAAGCCUGUCUCUGAGUGACCUGACCCCACACGGUGACCUCUACAGGGAGCGCUUCACCACGCGAGGCGGAGAGGCCCUUGUCUUCAACAUACACAAGUAGGCUAGAUUUACUUUAUACAGGAAUCACAUCCCUACAGCUACAUUAGCUUGACAGCUAGCUCUGGUGCAUAAAACAACUUGUAGGUGGUCCUUGACAAAUAAUUUUUUUUAUAGACCUUCAUUGUCUCAUUGAUUUAACACUGGGUCUCACUGACUGUGGUGGUCUCUCUACAGAUAUGGGGAUCCUGACCCCUGGCUUGAGCGGAAGUGUGACAUGAAGGUGUCUCUCCAGAUGGCCUCUGUGCAGUAUGUCCACACGCAGCGCUUCCAGGCCGAGGUGGUGGCCUUCAUCCAGCACUUUACCCAGCUGCAGGACGUCCUAGGCAGGCAGAGGGCCGCAAUGGAGGGCCAGGCUGUGAGUACGGCCUCUGGGUCCACCCUGCGUUUCAGUUUUAGUGUUCCUCAAGGCUCUGUUCUCGAUCCACUACUGUUGUCAUUAUAUAUGCUACCUCUUGUUGAUGUUAUUUGAAAACAGUGUAAACUUUCACUGCUACGUAGACCAUACACAGCUGUACAUUUCCAUUAAACAUGGUGACGCUCCACUGCUGAUGUGUACGGCUUUGUAAAUACAUUUGAUUUUCAAUUUGAUUUACACAGUACUCCUGAGACACACAGCCCCCUGUUCUCCACUUAAACGUUCAUUGAAUGGAUUACAUUUGCUUUGCGCCAGUGGCCUAGCUAUAGCUAAUUUAACUAGUGUCUACCCUGGCGUUAUGGCAAUCCCUGCCAGCUAAGAUGGCUGCGGGUGGCCCAGGGAGUUGUCACCUCCCAUCACCGUCAGGCUGACCUCAGGUCACCUUCCUCAAGACAGUGUGGCCGUCUCUGCUGCGAUCAGACUGGACACUGAGUACCAUGUCUGGCCUGCUUGUUAAAUCCCAACUGACGUACGGCACAGGGCACUGCUUUGGACCAACACACCAGGAGGCAUCCAAUCUCUCCAAGUCCUAGUUUCUUAAUUUAUGUGCCUAAAUUUGCAACAUAUAUUUUAGAUUCAAAUGAUCUUUAGAGACCAUUUAUAGUUUGUUCUUAAAGAUUCAAUUGUAAUUAAUGUAAUAAAUAUUUGGAUUGUCCUUUAGCGCUUUUACACCUGGUCAGGAUUUGCAGCAGAGACCAGUCUGUAGUAUUCAAUCCCCUAUCCAUUUGAUCCUAGGCAAACACCAGUCUGCCUUAAUGUCAUUAGCAGAAGCUAAAGAUAGACAACCACCCCCUCACUUCACCCUGCCUCCUUCCCCACAGGUGCGUGAGCGACCUCAGCGGGCAUCCCGUGUGCUGCUGGACAUCGAGGCGGGCGCCCCCGUGCUGCUCAUCCCCGAGAGCUCGCGCUCGCCGCGCCUCAUUGUUGCCAACCUGGGCCAGCUGCGCGUCCAUAACUCUUUCCUGCCGGCUGGUACCCACGGUACCUUCUCUCUCAGAGACAAGGUAGAGAAACUUACCAUGGCACAUUCCUUUUUCCCCUCUCUGGUGAGUCCUGAUAGCGCGUCUACCGGUCGUCCACAACCCUGCUACUGGACUAAUAUGGUCGUAUUUAUGAAGCAUUUUACAUGACUAGAUGUUUUGAUAUGACGAAUGUGAUGCAAUGAUUUAUAACGUUUUAUAGGCUUCUAUGAUACCCGUUUGUAAUGGCAAAAGCCUAAAUCCAUAAUUUGUCCUCAUCAUUGUUUGGCUGCAGAACAAUCAACCAUAAACAUUCUCCAGUAACAAUGCUCAACGGUUGCUUUUUUGAUGGCACUUGUCUUUAUCCCCCAUCAGACUUUGAAUGAGGUAUGAUGUUCGCUGGCGCCUACAUUGUAUAUUCAGCAUUUGUGGUACAGUACGUACUUGCAUUGUUGUUGUGCGCUCCAGCGUGUGACAUUCAAAUGGAAAAUGCUUUAUGAAUACAGGCCUCCCUGAGUUUUCAAUUGAGCAUGAGAAUGUGGCCACUAGAUACUAGCACUGUAUGAGAAAUUUGUUUUUUUAUACUUAACCUAACUUUAGUUUUUUCUUAACUCUAAAAGUAAUGACCGCUUCAGAUGGAGUUUGAUGUGGUAGCAGACAGUGUUUCAUCACCAUUUUGUAUUUUGUUUGUGAAGAAUUUGAUAUUGCAUGCUAAUUCGUACAAGGACCCUUCCCACUACAAGGUACAAGGGCAUGUGUUUGGUGUGCUGCUUGGUUUGGGGUGUGAACCGUCUGCACUCUAACUCAGAUGGUUGUUUUGUGGACUUUCAGGGUUAACAGUCUUUGUGUGUUUUCUAUCCUGAACCACUUGUAUCAAUUGCCUGGGUGUUUAUUUCUAUAUUUGUAUUAUUAUUCAGUGUUUUCCUGGUCAUUUACUUGAUCUUAAAGGGGCAAUCAGCAGAUGCUACAUACAUUUUUGGACUUAAAGUAUAAAUUAAUUCUAUGUACCCAUCGAUUCUUGAGAACUUAUGAAUGCAUCGUGAGCUUAGUUCAAUUGUCGUACACCAUCAGAACCCAAAAUAUAAGCUUGUUUUUAAAUAAAGUAAAUGUUUGUAAAUAAUGUAAAUGUUUAAAAAAUAAAUAUAAAUAUAUAUAUAUAGCCUCAAAAUAUGGUUAAAAUUAUAAUUGUGAUAUCAUGGAUGGUCAGUCCUUGCAUCCAUAGCUCUGUCUAUGAAUUUGAAAGUGAUUGCAUUUAUCCAGCCUCAUCACUCAGUUUUUUAUCGAAACAGGGCCAGGGAAAUUUUUUAUCGAAACAGGGCCAGGGAGAAUGCUUUGUUAUUGUUUCAACUGCUGAUUGCCGCUUCAAAUUCACUGUUUAGGCUGGGAAGAGCAAUUGCACCAGUUCCUUCCUACACUAUGAUAGGGGAACAUUAGCUAAGUUGUUGUGCUAAUUAGGUUUUGUCAGAUGUGAAAUAAUAAGAGCACAUUAAUGUCAAUGGCUCUUCCAGAUGUUACAGUGUACGUUCAUUACGCAGUUCAUCACUUGGCUAACCUUUCAUCUUGUUUCCUAAGGAUCGCGUGAGGGACAGCCAGUCACAGACUGGACCAGCAACGAUUAGUGAGGAUGAGGAGGAGUCAAGUGGGAAGCCCAAAGCCUCCUCUAGCACCUCCUCCACCCCCGCCUCCUUUGUUUUCACCCUGGGAAGGCCCCAGGCCCAGCCCACUGCUGGGAGGAUCCCUGGCGAGGACGACCCACCCUUCAUCCUGGGUGAGCCCAGUGACCACUAAGCGUUGUUUAAAUGUUGUGUGAAGAUAUCAUGCUAAUACUGAAGAUGAAUAUAGUAGUCUUCUACUUGUUCAUGGUCUCAAACUCAUAUAUUCUCUGCAAAUGUGUUUGAAUCGCUAUACUUCUCAAUCAAUAAAUAAAUACUUGAAAUUAAUAGUCACAAUAAGCUCCUUGAUGUUGUGUGUUCCCAGAGGAUCAUGUGUGUCUGCUGGACUGCAUAGCCUUGGACCUUCAGGAGAUGGACAUCUUUGCUGCGGAGCGUCUGCCCUGCCAGCCGUGGGACAGCGCCGCAGGGAAGCAGCCCGACUCAGACCUGGUCUUCCCCUCCUACUCGGUCCGCCGUACUGCCGCAUCUCUGCUCAAGGAGCGCUGCCACCUCAAACUCAAAGUGGAGCGCAACCUGGACAGGUGAGCCUAAUGGGAAAGACGGGCACUAAUAGUGGAAAUUAGACAUUAGUGGGCUUGCUUUAGCAACAACACUACUGUUCUCUUGCUUACAUAAUUGUUACCCACUGGGCAAAACUUACGUCAUUUCAACCAGUUUUGUCUGCUGGGUAAUGGAUAUUCUUAAUGUCUUAAACUGACUGUCUUUGUUGUAUGUGUUUGUAUGUUGCUGAUAACUAUUGAUUAAUAAUAGUUGUUCCUGUGUGCUGAUGUCUUUUCCAAGUGGGACAAAAAAAGAUAGUAUUGGUUGAUUUGACUGAAUUAUUGAUUGAUUGACUAGUGCGCUGAGCCAUACGGUACCAGACAUGUCCAUCCACGGCAGCCUGUCCUCGGUGCACUGUUCCCUGGACCUGGAGCGCUACCAGCUGAUCCGAGGCCUGCUGGACAACAACCUGGGAGAGCCUGUUGAGGAGUUCCUCCGCCCGUACAACCUGCAGGACCCCAGCAACUAUGUGAGUACACACACACGUACGCACACACACACUCUGCACUGUGGCUGACUGCCAAUUAUAGACUGUUAAUUUAGUAACAAUGUUCUUCUGAGAGGGAUUCUUCUGAGUGACUCCAUGUGUGUCCCCAGACGGUGUUGAGUGGUGACGUGUACACCAGCCUGUCCGUCCUGGUGGACAUGAUGAACGUCAGCCUGGAGUUGCUGGACAGCCCCAAGGCCACGGGACAGAUACCAUGCUCACUGGCCAGGUUGGUAUUAACGCUUCAUUUUGAGCACAAGGUAAUAUCAAACAUUUGCUGUGUAUUUACUUUUGCCAAUUACCAGGGGUCGGGGUCAAUUCCAAUUUCAAUUCAGGAAGUAAACGGACAAUCCAAAUCCAGUGUUCCUCACUGAAGCGCUCCUCUCCUUAUCUGCAGGUUUGAUUUCAUGAAGUCUAAGCUGUUGUUUGAGAGUUUCUCCAACGGCUCCAAGUCGGUGAAUCUGGUGUCUCACUCACUCUUGGCAUACGACACCCGUUACACCGGGCCUGGCAUGGACACAGGCAGCAGUGCCAGGGGCAAGCACAAUGUCUUCGACUGCAUCCUGCAGCCCUCCAAGACGGGCACCAACCGGGCCACCCUCCAGCUGGAGCUGCAUUACAGGUACAAGACAUGUCUGCGGAUAACAUUUCGAAGUGGUAACAUGUAUGCGAAAAUAACAGUGUUCCAAGCACAGAGCCUUGUGAAAUGCCAAAUACAAAAUCUGUGCCUGUAUUGGCAAAUCUAAAAUGGAUGCAUACGUAGGGUACUACAUGGGUAGUAAUAAGGUACCCUUUAAAGGCGCUGCAUGGUCAAUCCUACGUCUGCAUUGGCUGUACAGCAUUUACAGUGAUAUGGCCUCUGCAGAAGUCAGAGCAUUCAUAGUUCUUGCGCUUCGCAGAGCAGCGCAGAGCUGUUGUGAAGGAAGUUGUCAAGGAAGUGAGCUUGUAUUUAUACAGGACCUCCCGCCCUCACCUACCAUCAACCAAUCAUGCAAUGCGGAGCUAUACGGAGCCCUCCGCAUUGUUCCAAAAUUUGAGAGGCUCACGGCGAUGUGGUAUGGAGCUCAAUUUGGCCUGAGCGUGCCUCCGGAGGCGCUGCAAUUGUGUCGCACCAUCCAUACGCCGCCUCCGACCACAUUUUCGGAUCAAGCAUGAAUUGGCUCUUAGGCCUGACGUAGACAGACACACAGACCCACACUUACUAAUCAUGAUCUUCUCCUCCUCCUUUCUCUCCUGUCAGGUCCACUAGAGAUGCCUCCUGUUUCACCAUUGUCCUCAACAACCUGCGUGUUUUCCUAAUCUUUGAUUGGCUCCAGCUGGUUCGGGACUUCCUGCGCAUGCCCACUGAGAAGGGGGCGGAUGGCGCGCCUCGCCAGCGCUGGCCCAGUGGCAGCAGUGACCCAGGCACCACAGGUGCCGUCAUGCCCAAGACAGUCAAGAGCGGCGUGGUCACCAAGAGGUCCACUGUGCCCGUCAUGCAGGAUCGGUACCUGGAGGUCAAGAUCAAUGUGACAGGUGAGGAGCUACAGCAGACACACUCCCCUGUUUUAAGUCUCUGUUGUACAAUAGAGAUUUAGAUAUUGGCAAGCACACAUUAAGAUAUCAUAAAGAUACAUAAAAUACAUGUUUUGCCCAAGGUACUGAGUUUGUGGUGGUGGAGGACUCAUCUUGUCUGGACACCAAUGCCGUCAUUCUGAAGGGCACCACUGUACUCACCUACAAACCCCGUCUGCUGGACAGACCCUUCUCUGGCAGCCUGGCUGGCAUCGAGGUGACUGACCACUACUUUCACAACUAUGUCCUGAAACCACUGGACUACUAUAUCAAUACAGAGCCCUAUGUCAAUUUCAGUUAGUUUGUGUCAAUUUGAAUAUGGGUCUAUGUUCCAUGGAGUUAGAGGGUACAGAAGCUAUCACAGACGUGAUAAUGGCAAAGAUAGGGGGUGGGCCCUCUUUCCAACUCUUAUGCUCUACACAAGGCUGUUUGAAGCUGUUUUGUCAUGUUGGUGUCCUUCUGUCCAUGUCCAGGUGUUCUCCUGUCGGCUUGGCAGUGAGCAGGAGACGGCCCUGUCCAUCAUUGACCCUGUCAACGUGCAGGUGGAGCUGUGUGGCAGUCCCACCUACCAGAGCAGCUCUGGCCUGCUAGACGCCUUCAACAUGGCAGACUUCCCGCCACUACUGGAGGUCAGGGUUCAGUCAGGGGUGGGGAUGGGGGGGGUAAUGUUCAGUAGGCACCAAAUAGGAGAACACUUUUGCAGAAAGUCCAUUGAAAGCACCGGUUUACUUUUUCUGUUUCAACACAUUUUGUCCUGUUUCAUGCCUACAGACUGAACUGAACAUAACCAGGGUUUAUUGGAAAAAACACCAUUUUGUGAUUAGAACACAUUUUGUGCUCAUGCAAAACGUCAAUGGGUCUCUGUUGCCCUCACAGAUCCAGUUCCCUGCUUUGGACAUUCGGCUUUCUUACAACGACGUUCAGCUCUUCCUGGCUAUCGCCAAAUCCAUCCCCACCGCCGGCUCGCCCGGGCCCAGCGACACUGCCGAAGGCACCCAGGCCCUGGUAGUACCAUCCACAGCCAACCAUGACCCCUCCAGCUCCCAGAAAGACACCUUCAGGCACAAGACCGAGGCCCUGCUAGGUAUGUCACCUCAGAGGCCUACAGGGGUGUAGUUGAGUUAUAUGGUGAAUAGUGUUGACGUAGCUAUUAUGUUAGAAUAGUCAUGUUAGCAUUAGCAUUUCUAUUUCUUUACCACUACCUCUGUUAUUGUUCCUGACCAUGAGUGUUGAACUCACAAGCUGUAAUAACUCAGUUAUAAUAAUAAAAGAUACGUAGCACAGCUUGCUACCAUAACCCUGGUAUGAUAUGAUAUGUUUUGUCCUCAGAGGGCCAGCUGACUCGGUUACAGGAUCUAGGCUUCAGGAAGGAGGACUGCAAACGAGCCCUGAUCCACAGCAAAGGUGAGGAGGCUCUCGCUACAAUUCUCUAACAAUGCCACGUCUCCUCUCACUAGGAAUGGAAUAUGGCCACACUUUUCAUACAUGAUAUGGACUUGACCACCUUGUCUGUCUGUCCCCUCCCAGGCCAACUGGACCAGGCUGCCACAUGGCUGCUGGAGAAUGCAGAGACCAUGGUGGGUCAGGCCCGGGGCAGAGCAGACCCGGACUCGGCCAGCCACUCGUCGCACCCUCUGUCAGGGGUGGAGGUCAAGGCGGAGACUGUGUGUAUCUGCUUCAUCGACGAUUGUCUUGACUGUGACGUCCCACUGGCCGAGUUCACCUUCUCACGUCAGUUUGUGCAGCUUGCUCUCCAUAUAUGUGGAAGGAAAUCCCAUGUUCAUGUCAUUUCCACCUUGUGUUUUGGAAGUUUGGAUGAAAGCAACAGAGAGAAGCUGGAACAUUCACCUUUCUGAAAACUGUUCUAUAGCUACUUAAUGUUCAGAUACCAUGCAUACUGAUAGUGUGUGUAAUAUAAUGUUAGUGGUAUGUACUAUAGUCAGUGUUAAUACUAUAACAUAACAACAACGUAAUGUAAUCUGAGAGCUCAUUCUCCUUUGAACUCCCAUGGCAGGGCUGUAUGUGCUGCAGCGGAUCGGCUCGACCCAGGAGGGCAACGGCAGCUUCACUUUGUCAGGGGACUACUACAACAGAGAACUGUCAGGUGAACAUGCUGGAGCAUGCUUUAACCCAGAGCCAAAUUAUCCUGUAAUGAUCUUAACCGCUGUUCCAUUGUGUGUGUGUGUGUGUGUGUGUGUGUGUGUGUGUGUGUGUGUGCGUUUCUCUCUGUCCGUAUCCAUAUCUCUGUGUGUGUGUCCAUGUUCAUGUUCACGUGUGUGUCAGGUUGGGAACCCUUCAUCGAGCCCUGGCCCUGUUUCCUGACUUGGCAGCAGCAGGCUGCAGGGCGGCUCCACCCACCACGCCUCAAGAUGGGCGUCCGCGCCAAGCAGAGACUGGAUGUCAACAUCACCUCUGUCCUCCUGGGUAUGACCUGCACUGCCCACUAUUUGGACACAGGAUGCGUUUGACAUGGCACCCUGUUCCCUAUGUUGUGCACUACUUUUGAACAGGGCCCACAGGGCUCUGGUCAAAAGUAAUGCACUAUGUAGUGAAAGGGUGCCUUUUUGGACACAGCCAGUGUCUUUGACUUCUUCACACCAUGUUUAACUAAAGUGGUUUAGCCCUGGAUAUAUACUGAACAAAAAUAUAAACGCAACAUGUAAAGUGUUGGUCCCAUGUUUCAUGAGCUGAAAUAAAAGAUCCCAGAAAUGUUCCAUACGCACAAAAAGCUUAUUUCUGUCAAAUGUUGUGCACACAUUUGUUUACAUCCGUGUUAGUGAGCAUUUCUCCUUUGCCAAGAUAAUCCAUCCAGCUGACAGGUGUGGCAUAUCAAGAAGCUGAUUAAACAGCAUGAUCAUUAUACAGGUGCACCUUGUGCUGGGGACAAUAAAAGGCUCUCUAAAAUCUGCAGUUUUGGCACACAACACAAUGCCACAGAUGUCUCAAGUUUUGAGGGAGUGUGCAAUUGGCAUGCUGACUGCAGAAAUGUCCACCAGAGCUGUUGCAAGAGAAUUUAAUGUUAUUUUCUCUGCCAUAAGCCGCCUACAAUGUCAUUAUAGAGAAUUUGACAGUACGUCCAACUGUCCUCGUGACCGCAGACCACGUGUAACCACGCCAGCCCAGGACCUCCACAUCCGGCUUCUUCACCAGCGGGAUCGUCUGAGACCAGCCACCCGGACAGCUGAUGAAACUGUGGGUUGGCACACCGAAGAAGUUCUGCACAAACUGUUAGAAACCAUCUCAGGGAAGCUCAUCUGUGUGCUCGUCGUCCUCACCAGGGUCUUGACCUGACUGCAGUUCGGCGUCGUAACCGACUUCAGUGGGCAAAUGCUCACCUUCGAUGGACACUGGCACGCUGGAGAAGUGUGCUCUUCACGGAUGAAUCGCGGUUUCAACUGUACCGGACAGAUGGCAUCAUGUGGGCGAGUGGUUUGCUGAUGUCAACGUGUGAACAGAGAGCCCCAUGGUGGCGGUGGGGUUAUGGUAUGGGCAGGCAUAAGCUACGGACAAAGAACACAAUUACAUUUUAUCGAUGGCAAUCUGAAUGCACAGAGAUACCGUGACGAGAUCCUGAGGCCCAUUUUCGUGCCAUUCAUCCGGUGCCAUCACCUCAUGUUUCAGAAUGAUAAUCCUGGAAGCUGAAAAUGUCCCAGUUCAAUCAAUUGAGCAUGUUUGGGAUGCUUUGGAUCGACAGGUACGACACCGUGUUCCAGUUCCCGCCAAUAUCCAGCAACUUCACACAAGCAUUGAAGAGAAGUGGCACAACAUUCCACAGGCCACAAUCAACAGCCUGAUCAGCUCUAUGCCAAGGAGAUGUCUUGCGCUGCAUGAAGCAAAUGGUGGUCACACCAGAUUGACUGGUUACUCCACGCCCCUACUUUUUUUUUUUAAGUAUCUGUGACCAACAGAUGCAUACAGUGGGGAAAAAAAGUAUUUAGUCAGCCACCAAUUGUGCAAGUUCUCCCACUUAAAAAGAUGAGAGAGGCCUGUAAUUUUCAUCAUAGGUACACGUCAACUAUGACAGACAAAUUGAGAAAAAAAUAUCCAGAAAAUCACAUUGUAGGAUUUUUAAUGAAUUUAUUUGCAAAUUAUGGUGGAAAAUAAGUAUUUGGUCACCUACAAACAAGCAAGAUUUCUGGCUCUCACAGACCUGUAACUUCUUCUUUAAGAGGCUCCUCUGUCCUCCACUCGUUACCUGUAUAAAAGACACCUGUCCACAACCUCAAACAGUCACACUCCAAACUCCACUAUGGCCAAGACCAAAGAGCUGUCAAAGGACACCAGAAACAAAAUUGUAGACCUGCACCAGGCUGGGAAGACUGAAUCUGCAAUAGGUAAGCAGCUUGGUUUGAAGAAAUCAACUGUGGGAGCAAUUAUUAGGAAAUGGAAGACAUACAAGACCACUGAUAAUCUCCCUCGAUCUGGGGCUCCACGCAAGAUCUCACCCUGUGGGGUCAAAAUUAUCACAAAAAAAUCCCAGAACCACACGGGGGGACCUAGUGAAUGACCUGCAGAGAGCUGGGACCAAAGUAACAAAGCCUACCAUCAGUAACACACUACGCCGCCAGGGACUCAAAUCCUGCAGUGCCAGACGUGUCCCCCUGCUUAAGCCAGUACAUGUCCAGGCCCGUCUGAAGUUUGCUAGAGUGCAUUUGGAUGAUUCAGAAGAGGAUUGGGAGAAUGUCAUAUGGUCAGAUGAAACCAAAAUAUAACUUUUUGGUAAAAACUCAACUCGUCGUGUUUGGGGGACAAAGAAUGCUGAGUUGCAUCCAAAGAACACCAUACCUACUCUGAAGCAUGGGGGUGGAAACAUCAUGCUUUGGGGCAAAGGGACCAGGACGACUGAUCCGUGUAAAGGAAAGAAUGAAUGGGGCCAUGUAUCGUGAGAUUUUGAGUGAAAACCUCCUUCCAUCAGCAAGGGCAUUGAAGAUGAAACGUGGCUGGGUCUUUCAGCAUGACAAUGAUCCCAAACACACCGCCCGGGCAACGAAGGAGUGGCUUCGUAAGAAGCAUUUCAAGGUCCUGGAGUGGCCUAGCCAGUCUCCAGAUCUCAACCCCAUAGAAAAUCUUUGGAGGGAGUUGAAAGUCCGUGUUGCCCAGCGACAGCCCCAAAACAUCACUGCUCUAGAGGAGAUCUGCAUGGAGGAAUGGGCCAAAAUACCAGCAACAGUGUGUGAAAACCUUGUGAAGACUUACAGAAAACAUUUGACCUGUGUCAUUGCCAACAAAGGGUAUAUAACAAAGUAUUGAGACACUUUUGUUAUUGACCAAAUACUUAUUUUCCACCAUAAUUUGCAAAUAAAUUCAUAAAAAUCCUACAAUGUGAUUUUCUGGAUUUUUUCUUCUCAUUUUGUCUGUCAUAGUUGACGUGUACCUAUGAUGAAAAUUACAGGCCUCUCUCAUCUUUUUAAGUGGGAGAACUUGCACAAUUGGUGGCUGACUAAAUACUUUUUUUCCCCACUGUAUCUGUAUUCCAAGUCAUGUGAAAUCCAUAAAUUAGGGCCUAAUGAAUUUAUUUCAAUUGACUGAUUUCCUUAUAUGAACUGUAACUCAGUAAAAUCUUUGAAAUUGUUCCAUGUUGCGUUUUAUAUUUUUGUUCAGUGUAUGUAAGCCAGAGACAGAGUGGUCUGUAAUGGGGGCCUUGUAUGGAUUUGAGUGUCCUCCUCACCUUGCUACCACCCUCUCCUGGCCACACAGAGCAGUACAGCCUCACCAAGAGCUCCUGGCUGGCUGACUACUGCAAGGAGGAGGAGCAGCAGCCUCCCCAAGCCUCGGCAGCCCUAUCCUGGAUGGGUUCCUCAGUGGACCCCCCCUGUUUUGGUCAGAGUGAGUACUGUUUCCCCCAAGUUUACACUCUCACACACAAACACACACACACACAGUCUGACACAUCAUGCCCACAGAUGACAUACUCUAUAACAUCUGUACAGUUACAUAUGAAACCACAUACCGGUAAGCACAUGUACGCGUAUCAGUUGUUAUGGGCUAGAAAAUGUAAAUAGCCACAGUAGAAAAAAGUAGGACCCUCCUACUCAAUUGCUCCAGCACAUAUCAAACAUUAUUGGUUAGUGAGUAGUGACAACAAUCUGAUUGAAUAUACUGUAGGUAUGUGUUGGAGUAUUUGAUUGUGUGGUUCCCACUUUUUUAUAAUAAUGUUUAGAUAGUACCAGAAUUUAUUUGCUACUGUAUCACAUGUCAUUUUGUGUAGAUUAAGAUUACACUGAUUGAGAGUGACUUUUUGACAACGCAAAAAUGCUUUACACAGAUGCAUUGGAAACCUGCCUGAAUAAUCGCUGCCUUCGCUUGGUUGUUGCACAAUUGGAGAGUUUGAAGAAAGUGUUGCCACAAGUGUUGGGAAUGACUGUCUACUAACACGAACACAGCUCCUUUGCCUUGUCAAAUGGUGUAUUAAGAGUUAAGACUCACUCAUGUUUCGAUCAAAACGUUUAGUUAACUCUUUACUUGAACUCUCCGUCCUAGGCCUAGAUAAGUCUAUUGUGUCUAAAUUAUGCUAACCAUUAUGCUAAAGACUGUUUCCGACAUGUUUUAUCGCCUUAUUAUGACAGUGGUGGAGGGUUUCAAGUCAAAGGGUGGAGGGUUUCAAGUCAAAGUUAGAUUUUUGUUAGGGUUUUAUUGAGCUCAGAUCCAGGUCUAUUGAUUGGUUGUAUGACCACAUAAUAUAAAAUGAAACAUACUUGGUCAUGGUGGGUAAAAAAAUCAAUAAUAAUCCUCCCAUACUGACCUUUGUCCUCUCUUCUGACCCCUUGCAUGUCUUUUUCCUCUCUGUGGUAACUGUCUCUCUCUGCUGUCAGGUGUCCCUCUUGCCAACCUUAGAACUAGGAGCACAGCCAGCUUGACUUGCCUUGAGCAGCAGAUUCACUCCAGAGGUACAGUCUAAAGACCAUAGAUCAGACAGGCAGCAGUUGGCCUCCACCAAGGAAAUAGAAUUACUAGAAUGGGAAUCCUUAAGUAGAAUGGGUGGACCGGUGGUCAGAAGUGGUACUUGUAAUUCUAUUUCUAUGGUCUCCACACCAUGGGGUUCCCCAUCUCAAUGCUUUUUCUUAAUCAUGUGCAUCAUUGCUAUCCUUACUUAAGUGCAACGUUAAUGCAAAGUGACUCAGUUGGUAGAGCAUGCCGCUUGAAAUGCCAGGGUUGUGGGUUCGAUUCCCACAUGGGGGACCAGUACGAAAGAAAAACAAAUAUGAAAAUGUAUGCACUCACUCUACUGUAAGUCGCUCUGGAUAAAAGCAUCUGCUAAAUUACUAAAAUAGAAAUGUAACACUAGUGUUUCACUAUCUUGUAACGAUAUCGGCAAAUAUGUCCAAGGUUAAACUAAUGUCAGUAUAAUUCACAUCUUCAGAGAUGGUAUUUAAUUGAUCCGUAAUCCAACAGUGAUUUUAGAAAACCAAUAGGUUGGAUGCUAACGAUGCACUUUUAAGUAGGAUUUACUGAUGAAAGUAACGCCCCCGCCCCCAUUAUAGAUGUUAGAACUGAACCAUUGUGUCUGGUGCCAGAGUCAUGUUAGAUUAUUAGCAUAUUCCCAGUGACAGACUUUCCUUUUUGUUCUCUCUCUCUGUUUGUUUCAUGUUGUUUCACCUCCCCCAUUCAAUGUCAAUCUAUAGAAAUCGAAUCCAUUGUGAUUAUUGUUUACUAUUAUUAUUUACCUCUGAGUAAUGGUUUAUUUUUGCCUUACCAAGCUUAAAAGAGCAUGCUUUGUCAAUGUGAACCGUUGGUACAGUUGAAGUCGAAAGUUUACAUACACUUAGGUUGGAGUCAUUAAAACUUGUUUUUCAACCACUCCACAAAUGUCUUGUUAACAAACUAAAGCUUUGGCAAGUCGGUUAGGACAAGUAAUUUUUCCAACAAUUGUCUACAGACCGAUUAUUUCACUUAUAAUACAUUGUAUCACAGUUCCAGUGGGUCAGACAUUUACAUACACUAAAUUGACUGUGCCUUUAAACAGCUUGGAAAAUUCCAGAAAAAGAUGUCAUGGCUUUAGAAGCUUCUGAUAGGCUAAUUUACAUCAUUUGAGUCAAUUGGAGGUGUACCUGUGGAUGUAUUUCAAGGCCUACCUUCAAACUCAGUGCCUCUUUGCUUGACAUCAUGGGAAAAUCAAAAGAUAUCAGCCAAAACCUCAGAAAAAUAAGUGUAGACCUCCACAAGUCUGGUUCAUCCUUGGGAGGAAUUUCCAAAUGCCUGAAGGUACCACGUUCAUCUGUACAAACAAUAGUACGCAAGUAUAAACACCUUGGGACCAUGCAGCCGUCAUACCGCUCAGGAAGGAGACACGUUCUAUCUCAUAGAGAUGAACGUACUUUGGUGCGAAAAGUGCAAAUCAAUCCCAGAACAACAGCAAAGGACCUUGUGAAGAUGCUGGAGGAAACGGGUACAAAUGUAUCUAUAUCCACAGUAAAAACGAGUCCUAUAUCGACAUAACCUGAAAGGGCGCUCCGCAAGGAAGAAGCCACUGCUCCAAAACCGCCAUUAAAAAGGCAGACUACGGUUUGCAACUGCACAUGGGGACAAAUAUCGUACUUUUUGGAGAAAUGUCCUCUGGUCUGAUGAAACAAUAAUAGAACUGCUUGGCCAUAAUGACCAUCAAUAUGUUUGGAGGAAAAAGGCGGUGCCUUGCAAGCCGAAGAACACCAUCCCAACCGUGAAGCACGGGGGUGGCAGCAUCAUGCUGUGGGGGUGCUUUGCUGCAGGAGGGACUGGUGCACUUCACAAAAUAGAUGGCAUCAUGACGAAGGAAAAUGAUGUGGAUAUAUUGAAGCAACAUCUCAAGACAUCAGUCAGGAAGUUAAAGCUUGGUCAGAAAUGGGUCUUCCAAAUGGACAAUGACCCCAAGCAUACUUCCAAAGUUGUGGCAAAAUGGCUUAAGGACAACAAAGUCAAGGUAUUGGAGUGGCCAUGACAAAGCCCAUACCUCAAUCCUAUAGAAAAUGUGUGGGCAGAACUGAAAAAGCGUGUGCGAGCAAGGAGGCCCACAAACCUGACUCAGUAACACCAGCUCUGUCAGGAGGAAUGGGCCAAAAUUCACCCAACUUAUUGUGGGAAGCUUGUGGAAGGCUACCCGAAACGUUUGACCCAAGUUAAACAAUUUAAAGGCAAUGCUACCAAAUACUAAUUGAGUGUAUGUAAACUUAUGACCCACUGGGAAUGUGAUGAAAGAAAUAAAAGCUGAAAUAAAUCAUUCUCUCUACUAUUAUUCUGACAUUUCACAUUCUUUAAAAUAAAGUGGUGAUCCUAACUGACCAAAGACAGGGAAUUUUUACUAGGAUUAAAUGUCAGGAAUUGUGAAAAACUGAGUUUAAAUGUAUUUGGCUGAGGUGUAUGUAAACUUCCGACUUCAACUGUAUAUCUCAUCUGUGCAUCCUCCUCCUGUCUUUAUUUGAAUGAGCAUCUUGGUGGUAGGUCAUGUUGUUAUCGGACCACCAUGGAACCAUCUGUCUAACACAUGAUUGAAUACUUACAUUCGGAAAUUCAUGCUGACAUUUGGAAUUGAUUAAUGAUGUUGUGCAUUAACUUUGGAAGCAUCCAAUGAAUGGCAUUUUGAUGUGGAUAUCUGCAUUUAAUUUUUUUAAAGCCAUUGUUUUUGUCAUUGUUUUUCAAAUGCAAUAGAUGGAAAUUCAAGUUCAUGUUUUAUAUUCCAGAGAGCCCAAUAUAUUCUUUAAUAUAUUGAAUAUAUUUUUUAAGUAACUGUGAGGAAAGUGGUUGAAAGUUUGAAGUUACAGUUAUAGGCCCGGUCCAUAGUAAAGAAUACCACUCAUGUCUUUGACUGUCUUUGCCUGCUUUAUAGCUGACGUGAAGCUGUCCAAGCGGAGGCAGCCGUUUGUACCCUACGCCCUGCGCAAUCACACAGGGUGUACCAUGUGGUUUGCCACCCUCACCACCACCCCUACAAGGUCAGUGGAGCAGAGUCUUCCCACUGAUAAUGUCAUAUUGCUGAGUCUACCUUUAAAAAUGUGCAGCCUAGGCAUUCUACAUUUUAUUGUUGAGCCUUCCUGAAUCAUGGAAUCAUUGCAUGUUGGUAACCAGAGUGCUCCAUUUCCCCACAGGGUGGCGCUGUCUCACAGUGGCAGUGCAGACUCCAUAUCCCACGUGCACGGCCCAGGCACAGACGAUACCCACAAUGUCAGCCAGUGGCGAGAGGUACUGCCCGGAGAGGAGAUUCCCUUUGAGUUUGAAGCUCGAGAGAAACUCAGGCAUAGGUAUGGUUUCUGGCGCAUCACCGUUAUUUUCAUAUAGGGAUUAAAACCGAAAGAACAAAAAAGUCAACGGACAAGAGAGGGAAUAAGACUUUAAACUGGUGAUCGCACACAAUUCAUAAUUCAUAGCUGUGAAUGCCAAUCUGGGGAACUAACUACCUUGUAUUAAAUAUAAUCCCUCUGGAUAAGAGCGUCUGCUAAAUUAUUAAAAUGUAAAAAUGAAUGCAAACUUGGACUGAGAUCUGUCUAUCUGUGUAUUCUGAACUGUUGGUUAUUGUGUUUCUCUGCAGACACACUCAUGAGCUGAAGCUACAUCAGCUGCUGGUGCGUGUGGGUGGCUGGGAGCAGGUCAAACCUGUGUCCGUGGACAAAGUGGGCGUGUUCUUCCGCUACGCCGCCCCCGACCGCAACAACCCCUCUAACACGGUGAGUCUUCAGAUCAAAGGUCAAGAGCGGUGGUCUUACUUGGCUAUUAAAAAACUACAGCUGUAUAGUUUAUUCCAUCAACAUGGCUCUCACGUUUCCUAUAUAUCAUUGGCAUUAUGCUGCUUUGUGCUUAUUGUUUGUGAUAUUUCUUUACAUUUUCUAGGUGGGCAGCCCUAUCAGCAGGACCAACAUCAUACACCCACAUGUCUAUGUAAGUGUUCUUUCAAUCACAUUUCUUCUAUAAGCCAGUACUUGCCCCCUUUUAUGUGUGGUUCUAGGUUCAGAUAUGUGUGUGGUUCUAGGCUCUGGUAUGUGUGUGGUUCUAGGCUCUGGUAUGUGUGUGGUUCUAGGUUCUGAUAUGUGUGUGGUUCUAGGUUCUGAUAUGUGUGUGGGACUAGGCUCUGAUAUGUGUGUGGUUGUAGUUCUCAGCUCUGCCGCCGGUGCGCGUGGUCUUCUCCAUCACCAUGGAGGGUAGUGCCCGGAAGGUGAUCACAGUGCGUUCAGCCCUCAUGGUCAAGAACCGCCUGGAAGUCCCCAUGGAGGUGCGGCUAGACAGCCCCUCAGCACCAGACAGUGAGUUCACCCCAAUGAUACAUGAUGGGUUCACCCUCACACUGGGAGGCGCCAUUUCCCAUGCAAAAAAAACACUGAAUAGUGAAAACAAUUGACAUGAAGAUUAGACUAUUUAUUUGUUAAAGAAGGAAAAUAAGUAAAUUGAAUUGUUAAAAGACGGAAUAUAAGUAUCUCAAACUGUGUUUGUUCAGAGCCUGUGGUGCUGCCGCCCAUCCUGCCCGGCGAGGCCCUGGCGGUGCCCCUCCACCUGACGUCGUGGCGGCUGCAGGCACGGCCCAAAGGCCUAGGCCUGUUCUUCUGCAAGAUGCCCAUCCACUGGACCAGCGUGGAGAGACCCGGUGAGGUCAAGAGUAACAAGAGGGAGUGCCAGUCAGCAGACUUUGAGGACCACCUCAAACGGAGCUUCAGGUAAAAUUCCAGUGCAAUACACAGACAGUCUGCACCCAGCACACUGAGACAGUAGAGUCUGCUCAGUCCAGAAAUAAAUCAAACAAAUCAUACAAAAUUAAUCAAUCAAAUGUAUUUAUAAAGCCCUUUUUACAUCAGCAGAUGUCACAAACUGCUAUACAGAAACCCAGCCUAAAACCUCAAACAGCAAGCAAUGCAGAUGUAGAAGCACAGUGGUUAGGAAAAAGUCCCUAGAAAGGCAGACACCUAGGAAGAAACCUAGAGAGGAACCAGGCUCUGAGGGGUGGCCAGUCCCCUUCUGGCUGUGCCGGGUGGAGAUUAUAACAGUACAUGGCCGUUAAGGCCAGAUGUUCAAAUGUUCAUAGAUGACCAGCACGGUCUAACAAUAAUCACAGUGGUUGUAGAGGUUGCAACAGGUCAGUACAUCAGGAGUAAAUGUCACUUGGCUUUUCAUAGCCAGGCAUUUAGAGGUUGAAAAUCAUGUAUUUAUUUCUAGUCUAACCCUGCCCUGGUUUUGAUAGAAUUGGUCUCCCAAAUUUACACUACUUGUUUAAACCACAAGUGCAUGUUAUUGGCAUUUCAACCCUCAGGCUAAAUGUAUAAUAUUCUUUUUUUUCUUACUUGUGAUACAUUCUCAGUUACUCUCUUCCACUCCUCUCCCAUCUCUCCUCCUCUCUCCUGCCCUCUCUUAGGUUCUGCGUGGUGAUCAAGAAGGAGAACUACCCGGACCAGCAGCCUGCCAAGACCGUAUCGGGUUCGGGCAGCUCCAAGCAGAUCUACUGGCAGCCAGGCCACACCAUCUACCUGCUGCCAACGCUGGUGCUGGCCAACCUGCUGCCCUGCGACCUCAACUACUACAUCAAGGGCACGUCUAUCAAGGGCUCCCUGAAGCCGGGCAAGGAGGCUGUGCUGCACGCUGCAGACACCUCUCAGAACAUGGAGCUAGGUCAGAGUCCCACUGCUGCCAUUCUCAUCUAAUCACCUCUCCACCUAUUAAGAAUCUCAAUGUGCAUGACCUGGAAAUAAUACUAUAUCAUAGCCAUGUAAUCUAGGUAUACUAGGGCCAUGGUCCUGGACUCUUUGUGGGCUAAGCCUCAGAGGUGGAAACACUGGUGUAAAAACCAAGGACUGGUGUAAAACUCCAUAAUGGAAAUGCACUAUUGAUGUAAUGAUAAUAUAUAUAGUAUAUAUAGUGCCUUGAAAAGCAUUCACCCUCUUGUUCAGUUUUUAUAGUUUGUUGCCUAGAGCCUGAAAUCACAUAUUUGGACUUUUACAUGAUCUACACAGCCUACUCCACACUUUUUCACCCUGACCCUGACUGUGCCCCCCUCCUCCUCCUUCCACUAGGGGUGCUGCUAGAGAACUUCUCUGUGUGUAAAGAGCUUCUGAUUCCCCCUGGUACCCAGAACUAUGUGGUGCGCAUGCGGCUGUAUGACGCCAACAAGCGCCUGCUCUGUCUCACCAUACGCAUCAUCCUGCGGGCACAGGGGGCGCUCAAGAUCCUCAUCUCAGCACCCUACUGGCUCAUCAACAAGACCGGUGCUUACUCUAUCCCUCCUCAUAAGCAGAACACAUGCACACACACACACACACACACACACAGACACACAGACACACAGUCAAUGGAAUUAAAAUAAGUAUUGACCUUUUGACGGUUCUGUUUUCUUCCCCUCAGGUCUGCCGUUGAUCUUCCGUCAGGACAAUGGGAAGACGGAUGCGGGCGGUCAGUUUGAGGAGCACGAGUUAGCCAGGAGUCUCAGCCCCUUGCUCUUCUGUUACACUGACAAGGAGCAGCCAGCCAUGUGAGUGCGCUGUAGGGCCUGGUUCCACUUCUGAUUCUAGACCUGAUCCCUUUUAUUGUUCACAUACAGUACCAGUCAAAAGUUUGGACACAACUACUCAUUCAAGGGUUUUUCUUUAUUUUUACUAUUUUCUACAAUGUAGAAUAAUAGUGAUGAUAUCAAAACUAUGAAAUAACACCUAUGGAAUCAUGUAGUAACCAAAAAAGUGUUCAACAAAUCAAAAUAUAUUUUAUAUUUGAGAUUCUUCAAAGUAGUCACCCUUUGCCUUGAUGACAACUUUGCACACUCUUGGCAUUCUCUCAACCAGCUUCAUGAGGUAGUCACCUGUUCCCACAUAUGCUGAGCACUUGUUGGCUGCUUUUCCUUCACUCUGCGGUCCAACUCAUCCCAAACCAUCUCAAUUGGUUUGAGGUCGGGUGAUUGUGGAGGCCAGGUCAUCGCAUCUGAUGCAACACUCCAUCACUCUCCUUCUUGUUCAAAUAGCCCUUACACAGCCUGGAGCUGUGUUGGGUCAUUGUCCUGUUGAAAAACAAAUGAUAGUCCCACUAAGGGCAAACCAGAUGGGAUGGCGUAUCGCUGCAUAAUGCUGUGGUAACCAUGCUGGUUAAGUGUGCCUUGAAUUCUAAAUAAAUCACUGACAGUGUCACCAGCAAAGCACCCCCACACCUCCUCCUCCAUGCUUCACGGUGGGAACCACACAUGCGGAGAUCAUCCGUUCAUCUACACAGCGUCUCACAAAGACACGGUGGUUUGAACCAAAAAUCUCAAAUUUGGACUCAUCAGACCAAUGGACAGAUUUCCACCGGUCUAAUGUCCAUUGCUCGUGUUUCUUGGCCCAAGCAAGUCUCUUUUUCUUAUUGGUGUCCUUUAGUAGUGGUUUCUUUGCAGCAAAUUGACCAUGAAGGCCUGAUUCAUGUAUUCUCCUCUGAACAGUUGAUGUUUAGAUGUGUAUGUUACUAGAACUCUGUGAAGCAUUUAUUCGGGCAGCAAUCUGAGGUGCAGUUAAUUGCCGAUUUCUGAGGCUGGUAACUCUAAUGAACUUAUCCUUUGCAGCAGAGGUAAUUCUGGGUCUUCCUUUCCUGUGGCGGUCCUCAUGAGAGCAAGUUUCAUCAUUGCGCUUUAUGGUUUUUGCGACUGUACUUGAAGAAACUUUAAAAGUUCUUGAAAUGUUCCGUAUUGACUGACCUUCAUGUCUUAAAGUCAUGAAGGACUGUCGUUUCUCUUUGCUUAUUUGAGCUGUUCUUGCCAUAAUAUGGACUUGGUCUUUUACCAAAUAGGGCUAUCUUCUGUAUACCAACCCUACCUUGUCACAACACAACUGAUUGGCUCAAAUGCAUUAAGAAGGAAAGAAAUUCCACAAAUUAACUUUUGACAAGGCACACCUGUUAAUUGAAAUGCAUUCCAGGUGACUACCUCAUGAAGCUAGUUGAGAGAAUGUCAAGAGUGUGCAAAGCUGUCAUCAAGGCAAAGGGUGGCUACUUUGAAGAAUAUAAAAUAUAAAAAUAUAUUUUGAUUUGUUUAACAGUUUUUUGGUUACUACAUGAUUCCAUAUGUGUUAUUUCAUAGUUUUGAUGUCUUAACUAUUAUUCUACAAUAUAGAAAAUAGUAAAAAUAAAGAAAAACCCUUGAAUGAGUAUGUGUGUCCAAACUUUUGACUGGUAGUGUAUAUAAAAGGAGCAGUGUUGCACAGUUUAGUAAUAAUACCACAAAACCAUCAUUUGAACAAAUGUUCAAUAUACGAUUAUUUAGGUAUCAAAAGUCUAAAAGCACUUUGCGUUUGCGAUGAGGAAAACAUGUUACUGCGCAAUGUAGCUGAAUAAAUCAACUAGAUUGCUGUAAAAAAUUAUAAUAAUCUAGUUUUCUCAAGGGAGAUCCUUUCCAGUGGCUGCACUGCGAGUUCUGUCCGUAAUGUGAAUUUCUGUGUAUACGUUUGCAUCGUCUGUGUGUGUGCGCGACGAGAGGGAGAGAGACAUUGCAGAAGGAUGGUAGGCUAUAUAUUAAUAGACAACACAUUAGCAGCUAGAAAUCAAACUCUAAACUAGUUAGUUCAUUAACCAUGUAUUAAUUCACAUCCUAAAAAACAGUUGAGCUUCCACCAUAUUGCUUCCACAAUUCCGGUUCUCUCAUCUCUCCAUUUCUCUCAGGUGCACCAUGCGGAUAGGGAGAGGGAUCCAUCCGGACGGGGUUCCCGGUUGGUGCCAGGGCUUUUCCCUGGACGGUGGGAGUGGAGUGAGGGCAGUGAAGGUCAUCCAGCAUGGGAAUAGACCUGGACUCAUCUACAACAUAGGCAAGUAGCCUAACAACAACCACAAGUAGCCUAACAACAACACCUCACAUUGGUGCCCAUUUGUUGACCUUGGCCUUGUCUAUUACAGUGCAUUUGGAAAGUAUUCAGACCCCCUCCCUUUCUCCAAAUGUUGUUACGUUACAGCCUUUAUUUAAAAUUGAUGAAAUACAUGUUUUCCCUCAUCACUCUACACUCAAUACAAAGCGAAAACAGUUUUUUAGAAAUGUUUGCAAAUAUAUUACAAAUAAAAAACAGAAAUACCUUAUUUACACAAGUAUUCAGACCCUUUGCAAUGAUACUCGAAAUUGAGCUCAGGUGCAUCCUGUUCCAUUGAUCAUCCUUGAGAUUUUUCUACAACUUGAUUGGCAUCCACCUGUGGUAAAUUCAAUUGAUUGGACAUGAUUUGUAAAGGCACACGCUUGUCUAUAUAAGGUCCCACAGUUGACGGUGCAUGUCAGAGCAAAAACCAAGCCAUGGGGUCGAAGGAAUUGUCCAAAGAGCUCCGAGACAGGAUUGUGUCGAGGCACAGAUCUGGGGAAGGGUACCAAAGCUCCAUAGUUCCUCUGUGGAGAUGGGAGAACCUUCCAGAAGGACAACCAUUUCUGCAGCACUCCACCAAUCAGGCCUUUAUGGUAGAGGGGCCAGAUGGAAGCCAGUCCUCAGUAAAAGGCACGACAGCCUACUUGGAGUUUGCCAAAAGGCACCUAAAGGACUCUCAGACCAUGAGAAACAAGAUUCUCUAGUCUGAUGAAACCAAGAUUGAACUCUCUGGCCUGAAUGCCAAGCAUCACGUCUGGAUGAAACUUUGCACCAUCCCUACGGUGAAGCAUGGGGGUGGCAGCAUCAUGCUGUGGGGAUGUUUUUCAGUGGCAGGGACUGGGAGACUUGUCAGGAUAGAGGGAAAGAUGAACGGAGCAAAGUACAGAGAGAUCCUUGAUGGAAACCUGCUCCAGAGCACUCAGUACCUCCGACUGGGACGAAGGUUCACCUUCCAGCAUAACAACGACCCUAAGCACACAGCCAAGACAACGCAGGAGUGGCUUUGGGACAAGUCUCUGAAUGUCCUUGAGUGGCCGAGUCGGAGCCCGGACUUGAACCCGAUCGAACAUCUCUGGAGAGACCUGAAAAUAGCUGUGCAGCGACACCCCCCAUCCAACCUGACAGAGCUUGAAAGGAUCUGCAGAAAAGAAUGGGAGAAACUCCCCAAAUACAGUUGUGCCAAGCUUGCAGCGUCAUACCAAAGAAGACUCAAGGCUGUAAUCGCUGCCUAAGGUGCUUUAAAAAAGUACAGAGUAAAGGUUCUGAAUACUUAUGUAAAUGUGAUAUUUCCUGGGUUUUUUAAACAGUUUUUGCUUUGUCAUUAUGGGGUAUUGUGUGUAGAUUGAUGAGGGGGGAAAACAAUUUAAUCCAUUUUAGAAUAAGGCUGUAACGUAACAAAACGUGGAAAAAGUCAAGGGGUCUGAAUUCUUUCUGAAUGCAUGUCCUGUUGCAGCGCUGAAAUCUGCUGUUUUGUGUUUUCACACAGGCAUCAACGUUCGUAAAGGCAAGGGCCGCUACAGAGACACCCACAUCGUGACCUUUGCCCCUCGGUACCUGCUGGACAACCGCUCCACCCACAAACUGGCCUUCUCCCAGAGGGAGUUUGCCAGGGGAAAGGUGAGUGACUGACAGUGCAAAGACAGGAAUUAGACACAUCCAAAUGGACAAAACAAAGCAAUGAAAAGAAAGCAAAUGUCCGCUGUUUUAGGCCUCAAGAAAGCAAAUGUCCGCUGUUUUAGGCCUCAAACAUUAUCUUUAUUGGAGCUAGUCAUACAGCAGCAAUGCUUCAGGAUAAAGACCAUGUCAAUAACCCUUAUUGUUGUUGUUGUAUGACUCCAGGGCACAGCGAACCCAGAGGGCUACAUCUCCACCCUGCCGGGUUCCAGCGUGGUUUUCCAUUGGCCCAGGAACGACUACGAUCAGCUUCUGUGUGUGCGCCUCAUGGACACCCAGAACUGCACAUGGUCCGGAGGCUUCGAGGUCAACAAGCCCAAGUCCUUCCAUGUCAACAUGAGGUAAAAGACUAUACGACUAUCUGAGAAAACGGCUAUACUGUACAUACAUCCAAAAUGGUGCUCUGGUGAAAAUAAAGUAAGAACAAAUCCCUCACACCAUAGCUGCUCCAAAGGUUUUAAAAAUUAUAUAUGUAACUUAAUAUUACAAUAUUUUUGGUUAUGGAAAAUAUAUUUCACAGCUGUUUUAGAUGGUACAAGGAUUCUCUACACUAUACUUGCUUGUUUUGUCACAUAAACUGAAAUUAGGCAAACUUAUAAUUUUUGCAACCAGGAAAUGGCGGAGCGAUUUCUGCAUAGUGCACUUUUAAUGUUUAUAAAUUAUUAAACACUUGUCUGAAACCCCAGAGAUAGCCAACUUUAUAAUGCCAUACCCAACUCAUUAUAAUGGUUAACUAUUACAGAAAAUGCCUCUACUGUAGUUGUGCUGUAAUGUGUUGUUUCCAUGACAGAGACACACUGGGCAACUGUUUCUUCCUGCGAGCUGAGAUCACACUGAAGGGAGCCACUUAUCAGAUCUGCUUCAGCGACACCGACCAACUGCCACCGCCGUUCCGCAUCGACAACAUCUCGGAGGUACUGUACUGGAAACGUCUGCAGGGGUGAACUCUCAUAUCACAGUUUCUCUCAGAGCCAUAGAUGUAGAUACAGAGAUCGGGAAACUAACAAUGUUGGAGCCAAACACUCAAAUAAAACAUUGGAGUUUGCAUUGUAACUGGCAUGCUGUUAUUUUUGAAUUUUCUGCGCCCAUAAUGUUAUUGAGAUUCUAAAUCUCAAACCGAGUUUGAUUACUGCAGGUGCCCAUCCAGUUCUGGCAGCAUGGGGUGGCAGACAUCCGGCUUCACACGGAGGUGAAGGCGGGAUCAGUGAUGGACUUUGCUUGUGACGAGCCCACCCUGCCGCCCUACCUCACUCUCAUCGUUAAGGGUGCUGGCUCGUCCGAGGUCACCGCAGACAUGAACUUCUUCCGGGAGUACAACAAGCUCUACUAUGAGAACUUCAUCUACAUCGCUGCCACAUACACUUUUUCUCAGUGAGUAUGAGAGAGACGGAGUAUGGACAGGCAUAGCUCAGAGCCAGGGUCAGGUUCAUUGCAUACCAAACGGACAAAAACAGACAAACAGGAAGGGACUAACUGGACUUCGUUUUCAGUUAUAAAAUGUUUUGCUACGGUAUGCUCUAAUGAACCCAAACAUAAACGCUGAUUCAUGUUGUUGUGUUUCUACAGGGAUGCAGGGAAGAGACCGGUGGGGAAAAAACGGGUGGUGGCAGGUGCUGAACUGGUGCUAGAUGUGGAGACCAAGACCCAGAGAGUCAUCCUCAAGAAAAAGGUACAACGAUUAUAUCAAAUACACCCUUAAACGUAGCAGUAUCUACUUCACCCAUUUUGUUUGACUGGGGCAGAACUCUCCAUUGGGUUUCAUAGAUCUUUCAGUAGUGAAGUGACCACUUGAAAACCCAUGAAUAAAAAGGCUUUAAGACAGUUUACAGACUAUUUUUCCAACUUCAAAAUAACAAUAUUCCAAACGUUCCUGUUAUCUCAGGAGCCGGGGAAGCGUUCCCAGCUUUGGCGGAUGACGGGAACAGGAAUGCUGUGUCACGAAGGCUCCUCCCCCCCACAGAGCAAGCCUGCUCAGCCACGCCCCCUGGACUCCUCCCUGGUGCUGGACAUCGCUGGGCUGGCAGCGGUCACCGACAAUCAGUCAGUCACUGCUUCCCUGACUAUAAACCAUUCUUAUGUGUGGUUUCAUCUUUAUAGUAUAUGCCUGUAUCUACACUUAACAAAAAUUCAGUAUAAACACAACAUGUAAAGUGUUGGUCCCAUGUUUCAUGAGCUGAAAUGAAAGCUCCCAGAAAUGUUCCAUCCGCACAAAAAGCUUAUGUCUCUCAAAUUCUGUGCACACAUUUGUUUACAUCCCUGUUAGUGAGCAUUUCUCCUUUGCCAAGACAAUCCAUCCACCUGACAGGUGUGGCAUAUCAAGAAGCUAAUUGAACAGCAUGAUCAUUACACAGGUGCACCUUGUGCUGGGGACACUAAAAGGCCAAUCUAAAAUGUGCAGUUUUAUCACACAACACAAUGCUACAGAUGUCAUCACCUCAUGUUUCAGCAUGAUAGUGCACGGCCCCAUGUCGCAAGGAUCUGCACACAUAUCCUGGAAGCUGAAAAUGUCCCAGUUCUUCUAUGGCCUGCAUACUCACCAGACAUGUUUCCCAUUGAGCAUGUUUGGGAUGCUCUGGAUCGACGUGUUCCAGUUCCCGCCAAUAUCUAGCAACUUCGCACAACCAUUGAAGAGGAGUGGGACAAUAUUCCACAGGCCACAAUCAACAGCCUAAUCAACUCUAUGCGAAGGAGAUGUGUCGCGCUGCAUGAGGCAAAUGGUGGUCACACCAGAUACUGACUGGUUUUCUGAUCAACAGAUGCAUAUCUGUAUUCCCAGUCAUGUGAAAUCCAUAGAUUAGGGCCUAAAUAAUUCAUUCAAUUGACUGAUUUCCUUACAUGAACUGUAACUCAGUAAAAUCUUUGAAAUCGUUGCCUGUUGCAUUUAUAUUUUUGUUCAGUAUAUAUUUACCUGUAUCUGACAUCCUUGUCCUCUCUCUCUCUCUCUCUCUCUCUCUCUCUUUCUUCCCCCUUUUCCCUAGCUAUGAGCCCUUGAUGCUGAGGAGGCCAGACCCGCGGCGCAGCACUACCCAGACUUGGCACUUCUCCUCAGGCAUGCUGACCUGUGGCCUGCCCCGGCUGGUGGUACAGGUGGGUAGAACGCCUCUUACUAUCUGCAGAUCAAACAUACUUUUGCAGUUACACUUUAUUUUAGAAGUAUUUUAGGUGUCCAUAUCAAAUUCUUAUAAUCUGAUUAUAAUUCCAGAAUUCAUUAGUUCUUUGUAUCUAAUCUUGCAUUGUUAAACACUUAAUAGGAUUUUUCCGAGAUUAAGUAACACUUCAUUUACAGGUGAAUGUCUUGAAAUGUGUAAUAGGUACUUCAUAAUGCUGUUGAGUAAGGUUCUUAUAAUUAGAGCUCAGAGACACUUUUGACAAUGUGACCUACGAAGCUUAGAAACACUUAGCUAGUAUAUUAGUCCUAUACUGUAUGUAGACACCUAAAACAAAGUCUUACCAAAUGUUGCUUCCAAUCUGAAAUAUAGCUCCAUUUUUAUUUACUGUGCCCCUCUGUGUUAACCUCUGACCCCCCCCCCCCAUAGGCGAACGGUGGUGUGGAGGGGCUGUUUGACGGGGCAGAGGUGGUGCUGGGUCCGGCUGCAGGCCUGCUGGAGCUGGGCCCAGAGCAGCAGUUCAUCAACCAGAAGAUGAGGCCUGGCUCUGGUGUGCUGUCUGUCCAAGUCCUGCCUGACGGACCCACACGAGUGCUGCAGGUUAGUUUUGGGGGUAUUUUGGGUAAGAGUUUACAUACACUUAGGUUGGAGUCAUUAAAACUCGUUUUUCAACCACUCCACAAAUUUCUUGUUAACAAACUAUAGUUUUGGCAAGUCGUUUAGGACAUCUACUUUGUGCAUGACACAAGUAAUUUUUCCAACAAUUGUUUACAGACAGAUUAUUUCACUUAUAAUUCACUGUAUCACAAUUUCAGUGGGUCAGAAGUUUACAUACACUAAGUUGACUGUGCCUUUAAACAGCUUGGAAAAUUCCAGAAAAUGAUGUCAUGGCUUUAGAAGCUUCUGAUAGUCUAAUUGACAUCAUUUGAGUCAAUUGGAGGUGUACCUGUGGAUGUAUUUCAAGGCCUACCUUCAAACUCAGUGCCUCUUUGCUUGACAUCAUGUGAAAAUCAAAUGAAAUCUGCCAAGACCUCAGAAACAAAAUUGUAGACCUCCACAACUCUGGUUCAUCCUUGGGAGCAAUUUCCAAACGCCUGAAGGUACCACGUUCAUCUGUACAAACAAUAGUACGCAAGUAUAAACACCAUGGGACCACGCAGCCGUCAUACCGCUCAGGAAGGAGACGCGUUCUGUCUCCUAGAGAUGAACGUACUUUGGUGCGAAAAGUGCAAAUCAAUCCCAGAACAACAGCAAAUAACCUUGUGAAGAUGCUGGAGGAAACAGGUACAGUGAGGGGAAAAAAGUAUUUGAUCCCCUGCUGAUUUUGUACGUUUGCCCACUGACAAAGAAAUGAUCAGUCUAUAAUUUUAAUGGUAGGUUUAUUUGAACAGUGAGAGACAGAAUAACAACAAAAAUAUCCAGAAAAACGCAUGUCAAAAAUGUUAUAAAUUGAUUUGCAUUUUAAUGAGGGAAAUAAGUAAUUGACCCCCUCUGAAUCAGAAAGAUUUCUGGCUCCCAGGUGUCUUUUAUACAGGUAACGAGCUGAGAUUAGGAGCACACUCUUAAAGGGAGUGCUCCUAAUCUCAGCUUGUUACCUGUAUAAAAGACACCUGUCCACAGAAGCAAUCAAUCAAUCAGAUUCCAAACUCUCCACCAUGGCCAAGACCAAAGAGCUAUCCAAGGAUGUCAGGGACAAGAUUGUAGAUCUACACAAAGCUGGAAUGGGCUACAAGACCAUCGCCAAGCAGCAUGGGUGAGAAGGUGACAACAGUUGGUGCGAUUAUUCGCAAAUGGAAGAAACACAAAAUAACUGUAAAUCUCCCUCGGCCUGGGGCUCCAUGCAAGAUCUCACCUCGUGGAGUUGCAAUGAUCAUGAGAACGGUGAGGAAUCAGCCCAGAACUACAUGGGAGGAUAUUGUCAAUGAUCUCAAGGCAGCUGGGACCAUAGUCACCAAGAAAACAAUUGGUAACACACUGCGCCGUGAAGAACUGAAAUCCUGCAGCGCCCGCAAGGUCCCCUUGCUCAAGAAAGCACAUAUAAAGGGCAGUCUGAAGUUUGCCAAUGAACAUCUGAAUGAUUCAGAGAACUGGGUGAAAGUGUUGUGGUCAGAUGAGACCAAAAUGGAGCUCUUUGGCAUCAACUCAUCUCACCGUGUUUGGAGGAGGAGGAAUGCACCUAUGACCCCAAGAACACCAUCCCCACUGUCAAACAUGGAGGUGGAAACAUGCUUUGGGGGUGUUUUUCUGCUAAGGGGACAGGACAACUUCACAGCAUCAAAGGGAUGAUGGACGGGGCCAUGUACCAUCAAAUCUUGGGUGAGAACCUCCUUCCCUCAGCCAGGGCAUUGAAAAUGGGUUGUGGAUGGGUAUUCCAGCAUGACAAUGACCCAAAACACACGGCCAAGGCAACAAAGGAGUGGCUCAAGAAGAAGCACAUUAAGGUCCUGGAGUGGCCUAGCCAGUCUCCAGACCUUAAUCCCAUAGAAAAUCUGUGGAGGGAGCUGAAGGUUUGAGUUGCCAAACGUCAGCCUCGAAACCUUAAUGACUUGGAGAAGAUCUGCAAAGAGGAGUGGAACAAAAUCCCUAAUGAGAUGUGUGCAAACCUGGUGGCCAACUACAAGAAACGUCUGACCUCUGUGAUUGCCAACAAGGGUUUUGCCACCAAGUACUAAGUCAUGUUUUGCAGAGGGGUCAAAUACUUAUUUCCCUCAUUAAAAUGCAAAUCAAUUUAUAACAUUUUUGCCAUGCGUUUUUCUGGAUUUUUGUUGUUGUUAUUCUGUCUCUCACUGUUCAAAUAAACCUACCAUUAAAAUUAUAGACUGAUCAUGUCUUUGUCAUUGGGCAAACGUACAAAAUCAGCAGGGGAUCAAAUACUUUUUUCCCUCACUGUACAUACAUACAUACAUACAUACAUACAUACAUACAUACAUACAGUACCAGUCAAAAGUUUGGACACACCUACUCAUUCAAGGGUUUUUCUUUAUUUCUACAUUGUAGAAUAAUAGUGAAGACAUCAAAACUAUGAAAUAACACAUAUGGAAUCAUGUAGUAACCCAAAAAGUGUUAAACAAAUCAAAAUACAUUUUCUAUUUGUGGAGGCCAGGUCAUCUGAUGCAACACUCCAUCACUCUCCUUCUUGGUAAAAUAGCACUUACACAGCCUGGUGGUGUGUUUGGUCAUUGUCCUGUUGAAAAACAAAUCAUAGUCCCACUAAGCGCAAACCAAAUGGGAUGGCAUAUCGCUGCAGAAUGCUUUGGUAGCCAUGCUGGUUAAGUGUGCCUUGAAUUCUAAAUAAAUCACUGACAGUGUCACCAGCAAAGCACCCCCAUACCAUAACACCACCUCCUCCUUGCUUUACGGUGGGAACUACACAUGCGGAGAUCCGUUCACCCACACUCAUCCGUUCACCCACACCGCGUCUCACAAAGACACGGCGGUUGGAACCAAAAAUCUCAAAUUUGGACUCCAGACCAAAGGACAGAUUUCCACCUGUCUAAUGUCCAUUGCUCGUGUUUCUUGGCCCAAGCAAGUCUCUUCUUCUUAUUGGUGUCCUUUAGGAGUGGUUUCUUUGCAGCAAUUCGACCAUGAAGGCCUGAUUCAUGCAGUCUCCUCUUAACAGUUGAUGUUGAGAUGUCUGUUACUUGAAUUCUGUGAAGCAUUUAUUUGGGCUGCAAUUUCUGAGGCUCGUAACUCUCUGAUGAACUGAUCCUCUGCAGCAGAGGUAACUCUGGGUCUUCCUUUCCUCCUCAUGAGAGCCAGUUUCAUCAUAGCGCUUGAUGGUUUUUGCGACUGCACUUGAAGAAACUUUCAAAGUUCUUAAUGUUCAGGUUUGACUGACCUUCAUGUCUUAAAGUAAUGAUGGACUGUCGUUUCUCUUUGCUUAUUUGAGCUGUUCGUGCCAUAAUAUGGACUUGGUCUUUUACCAAAUAGGGCUAUCUUCUGUAUACCACCCCUACUUUGUCACAACACAACUGAAUGGCUCAAACCCAUUAAGAAGGAAAGAAAUUCCUCAAAUUAACUUUUAACAAGGCACACCUGUUAAUUGAAAUGCAUUCCAGGUGACUACUUCAUGAAGCUGGUUGAGAGGAUGCCAAGAGUGUGCAAAGCUGUCAUCAAGGCAAAGUGUGGCUACUUUGAAGAAUCUCAAAUAUUAAAUAUAUUUUGAUUUGUUUAACACUUUUUUCGUUACUACAUGAUUCCAUAUGGGUUAUUUCAUAGUUUUGAUGUCUUCACUAUUAUUCUACAAUGUAGAAAAUAGUAAAAAUAAAUUAAAACCCUUGAAUGUAGGUGUGUCCAAACUUUUGACUGGUGCUGUAUAUAUCUUUUUUUUAAAAGUAAAUUCCAAUGAUAAAUUGAAAUUCAACUCUAGAAUUAAAUAUGAGUUCUGACCCUGUAUAGUUGACUGUAUAGUUUCAAUACUUUCGUGUUGGUUCCAUGUCUGCCGGUAAUUAGAAUAUUCUGACUGGCUGUAUGUGAUGCUGAUGCUACUGUAGAUCAGUGACUUCAACCAGCGGCGAAUGAACCGGACGUCCCCGAGCACAGAGGAGGACCAGAACAAAGACAACAUUCAGAAGAAGGAGCCAGAGCAGGAACUGGAGGUACACUUACUAACCAUUAAAAGUGUAUAAAACUACAUUUCCUCUUCCUACCCAUAGCAAAGACCUUUCAGUCCCUCAGAAUGAGUUUUUUUGUGAUCGUUGCUGGACGAAAUGCUUGAUUUUGCUGUGGCAAUAAUGACAUUUCGCAUGGCAAUUUGUAAUAAUUUUGUCCAAUUUGUCACAAAUGCACUGAUGAGGGAAAUGGUUUGUUGACUUGUUGCUUGGUUAACCAUUUUAUGCUGUAAUAUUGAGAUGAUUUGAUUGUUUUAUGCAGUAAUAGUGCGGUGAUUGGUCAAAUUUGCAUGCCCUUGCAUAACAUGCGAGAAAUUCACAGAAUUGCAAAAUCCUGGAGGGAUUGUCACAUAAGGCUAACCUACCAUGACCACCGUUCUGUCUGUCCGUCUUGUCUGAUGGUCAGGUGUUGGUGAACUUGGAGGAAGGCGUGGGUCUCUCCCUGGUUAACAAGCUGCCAGAGGAGCUGGUGUUCACUACGUUGUCGGGUAUAGAUGUCCACUUCACUCGCACCGCUGCCAACGAGGUGCUGGAGCUGAGCAUCCAAAACAUCCAGGUAACCCCACUUAAACCAUUCACACUUUCUUAACCCCUUUAGUGCACCUUUUAGACAUAAUAAUAAUAAUAAUAAUAAUAAUAUGCCAUUUAGCAGACGCUUUUAUCCAAAGCGACUUACAGUCAUGCGUGCAUACAUUUUUGUGUAUGGGUGGUCCCGGGGAUCGAACCCACUACCUUGGCGUUACAACAUCAACUGAGGAGUUUGAUUUGUAGUUGUGCCUACAUGUAUUGAGUCUUUCUCUCUUUUUCGCCCUCUCUCUUUCUCCCUCUCCUCCACCAGGUGGAUAACCAGCUCCUGGGCACCACUCAGCCGGUGAUGCUGUGUGUUUCCCCAGGCUCCAAUAGUGAGAGCAGCAUCGUGGACACUGGCGCCGCCCUGCAGGUCAACUCUGUUAAGGUCCCCAGCAGCCUCGUUCUCACCGACCUCUUCAAGGUAAGGCUUGACUGCCAAGUUCACUUCACAGCACCUCAGGCAUGACCUGACUCAACCAGGGUCAUAUUCAUUUGGCAGGAAAUUGAAGAAAACUAAUUGAAACAGGGAGUGACUACCAUGUCUUGUCCAAAAAGAAAUGCUACAUUUUGUUUUCCGUUGCAAUAUGUUUUUCUAAUGUGUGCCCCAAUGAAUACGACCCAUAUGAACAAUCACUAACACUUGCUAGAAAAUUCAAACUAGUUUCAGUUUGCCAUACAGUAAGCAUUAGCUAACAGACUGCAAAGGAGGCAAGUUCAUGAAAGUGUUUAUGAACCCAGUAGUGAAACUGCUAACUGAAUGACUGUUAAGGCUGAGGAGAUGUUGUAAUACUGAGGUCAUGACACAGUGUUUUCUGUGCAGCAUCUCAUGGUGACAGCGAGGCGCUUCACUGUCAUCAUCGAGGAGAAGCUCCUGCUGAAGCUGCUCAGUUUCUUUGGUUACGGCCACACAGAGGCAGGUGGGUAGACCCCUGGUUCCUGAACGGACAUCAUGACAGGUUUUUGGACCGUACGAGAGGCACUCUAUAGAUAGUAAUUUAUACACGGUCCGCUUAUAAAUGUGUAUAGACAUCAUUGCAUAGUUUGUAAGCCAUUAAAUCAGGGGAAUACGUGUAUAAUACAUGGAUAAGGCCUGUUGACCAUGAUGAUCAACACUAUUAUAUGAUUUAUAAUCAGACAAUCAGUUAAAGUUAGUGCAAUUAUAAAGAACAGAUGGUGUGUCUGUGCUGUGUGUGUAUCUUGUAUUUGGGAUGGUCAGUGUUCAUUGUCUGUCUGUCUGUCUGUCUUAUGGUUCCAGAACUGGAGAGGUUGGAUGAGAGUCUGUAUGAGAAGGCCAGUGAGGACCAGGGAGCUCCCAAGCGCUACUACUUUGAGAACCUGAAGAUCAGCCUCCCUCAGGUCAAACUGAGUGUGUUCACCUCUCACAAGCUCCCACCUGACCUCAAGGUAAAUGGUUACUAAAUUCAGUACAAAUAAAUUAUACAGAGCCGUACUAGGAUAUUCUUACAGUGAAGCAUAGCGUGCUUUCUGCCUUCAUAUGGCUGCCUUUGCCUGUUGGUUUUCUCUUUGGCAUUAUAAGACAAACAAAUGUACAUAAUUCUCCACUUACCUUGACUGUUGUGGAUCCACCCAGACCAUUUUAUUGUGCCUGUUCUAAAAGUGCUCUGUGCUCUCUGUAGGCCCUCAAGGGCACGCUGGGUAUCCCGCUGAUACGGUUCGAGGAUGCAGUGAUCAACAUGUACCCCUUCACCCGGGUCCACCCUUACGAGACGCAGGAGAUCAUCAUCAACGACAUCCUCAAGCACUUCAGAGAGGUGAGGGGAAAAUGAACAGAUAGACAGACUUUCACUGGAGGUGAUAUGUAAUGCCAAAUUCCAAAAUUAUGCAUAUGGCUUUAGCAUUCAUUUAUGUUAAUAAGCAGCUAAAGGUGCAAUCUGUUGUAACUUUCAAUUUUGGUGAAACAUAUUAACCCAGCAGACCUCAACCAGUUACUCAGACACCGAGCAGUUUCCCUUAUACAUAGAACAAGAAAGAAGUAUUAUCUAAAUAGAGCACGACCUAGUCAUUUACUCACUUUGAAACUUAAGACCAACGAACAGUUUGCGAACAUUGCUUCAAUUAAAUUACCUAAUGGGAACUCUACUACAGAUCCAACUGAAAUGAAUAAUACAUUUCAGAUAUUUUAUUCCAAUUUGUACUGCUCAGAUGUGACCUACAAUCGCUUUCUAAACCCUUUACAGCUCCCAUGCCUUUUCUUGGAUGCCUGCCACUCAUUAGAUGCCCCUAUAACACUGUCAGAGCAACAAAGAAUAUGAAUAAAUGUACAGAGCAUUCGGAAAGUGUUCAGAUCCCUUCCCUUUUCCACAAUUUGGUACGUUAGUCUUAUUCUAAAAUUUAUUAAAUAAUCAACACACAAUACCCCAUAAUGACUAAGCGAAAACAGGUUUUUUGAAAUGUUAGCAAAUGUAUUACAAAUAAUAAACAUAAAUACUUUAUUUACAUAAGUAUUCAGACCCUUUGCUAUGAGACUCUAAAUUGAGCUCAGGUGCAUCCUGUUUCCAUUGAUCAUCCUUAAGAGGAGUCCACCUGUGGUAAAUUCAAUUGAUUGGACAUGAUUUGGAAAGGCACACCUGUCCAUAUAAGGUCCCACAGUUGUCAGAGCAAAAACCAAGCCAUGAGGUCGAAGGAAUUGUCUGUAGAGCUCCGAGACAGGAUUGUUUCGAGGCACAGAUCUGGGGAAGGGUACCAAAAAAUGUCUGCAGCAUUGAAGGUCCCCAAGAACACAGUGGCCUCCAUCAUUCUUAAAUGGAAGAAGUUUGGAACCACCCAGACUCUUCCUAGAGCUGGCCGCCCGGCCAAACUGAGCAAUCAGGUAAGAAGGGCCUUGGUCAGGGAGGUGACCAAGAAUCCGAUGGUCACUCUGACAGAGCUCCAUAGUUCCUCUGUGGAGAUGGGAGAACCUUCCAGAAGGACAACCAUUUCUGCAGCACUCCACCAAUCAGGCCUUUAUGGUAGAGGGGCCAGAUGGAAGCCAGUCCUCAGUAAAAGGCACGACAGCCUACUUGGAGUUUGCCAAAAGGCACCUAAAGGACUCUCAGACCAUGAGAAACAAGAUUCUCUGGUCUGAUGAAAUCAAGAUUGAACUAUUUGGCCUGAAUGCCAAGCGUCACGUCUGAAGGAAACCUGGCACCAUCCCUACGGGGAAGCAUGGGGUUGGCAGCAUCAUGCUGUGGGGAUGUUUUUCAGCGGCAGGGACUGGGAGACUAGUUAGGAUCAAGGGAAAGAUGAACGGAGCAAAGUACAGAGAGGUCCUUGAUGAAAACCUGCUCCAGAGUGCUCAGGACCUCAGACUGGGGCCAAGGUUCACUUUCCAACAGGACAACGACCCUAAGUACACAGCGAAGACAACACAGGAGUGGCUUCGGGACAAGUCUCUGAAUGUCCUUGAGUGGCCCAGCCAGAGCCCGGACUUGAACCCGAUCGAACAUCUCUGGAGAGACCUGAAAAUAGCUGUGCAGCAACGCUCCCCAUCCAACCUGACAGAGCUUGAGAGGAUCUGCAGAGAAGAAUGGGAGAAACUCCCCAAAUACAGGUGUGUCCAAGCUUGUAGCGUCAUAUCCAAGAAGACUCGAGGCUGUAAUCGCUGCCAAUGGUCCUUCAACAAAGUACUGAGUAAACGGUCUGAAUACUUAUGUAAAGGUAAUAUUUCUGUUUUUUGCAAAGAAAUUUGAAAAAAGCUGUUUUUGCUUUGUCAUUAUGGGGUAUUGUGUGUAGAUUGAGGGGGGGGAACAAUUUUAAUCAAUUUUAAAAUAAGGCUGUAACGUAACAAAAUGUGGAAAAAGUCAAGGGGUCUGAAUACUUUCAGAAUGCACUGUACAUCUCCGGGGCUGGAUGGCAUACCACCAACAUUUUACAUCACAUUCUGGAACGAAUUAGGUCCACUCUUAUUAGAUGUGAUUCACUUCUGUGACCAACGAACAGUUCAUUUCCCAAAAAUGAUAAUAUUGCCAUUAUUUCACUGCUUUUAAAGGACAGAGACAAUUCUUAAAUGUUCUAGCUAUCACCCCCUAUCUCUGCUAAAUGCAGACAUUAAACUUUACGCCAAAGUGUUGGCAUCUCGCCUGGAACCCUUUAUGACCACUCUAGUUCAUAACGACCAAACAUGUUUUAUAAAAGUACGCCUCGUGGCUGAUAAUAUUUGCCGCCUCCUAUAUCAUCGAAGCAUCAGAUAGUGCUGAGUCUCAUAAUGCAGUUCUCUCACUUGAUGCAGAAAAGGCUUUUGAUCGCCUAGAAUGCCAUUAUCAUUAAGUGUUACACUACAUGGGUAUCGGGAUUAUUUUAUAUCAAUGAUCCAAACCCUUAUGCCAACCCAUCUGCAAUGGUUCUAACUGGAAACAUCUGCUCCUGUCAGUUCUCCUGUCAGUUCUCUCCAGGGCUGUCCUCUUUAUUUGUUGUUAUUUGUCUUAUCGGUUGAACGCAUAGCCCAGACAGCACGCCAGUCAGUCUGCCAUGAUCCUAUCAUAAUCUAUAGCACCAAACAUCACUUAUCGCUAAAUGCUGAUGACAUUGUUAUUCUUCCAUAAUGUUCCUCAGUCUCUUCCCCACCUCUUAGAUAUUUUCAGUUCUUUAAGCAAAAUUGCAGGAUACAAGAUCAAUUGGGGAAAGUCAUUACUACCACUAAACUAUAGACCAGAGUCGUCUAUUCCUUUAAAUAACCCAGUGGUCCACAAUUUUAGAUAUCUGGGUGUCCAAAAUAGUCAAUAUUUUCAGUGUUGACCCUUCUUUUUCAAGACCUCUGCAAUCUGCCCUGGAAUGCUGUCAAUUAACUUAUGGGCCACAUCCUGACUGAUGGCAGCCCAUUCUUGCAUAAUCAAUGCUUGGAGUUUGUCAGAAUUUGUGGGUUUUUAUUUGUCCACCCGCCUCUUGAGGAUCGACCACAAGUUCUCAAUGGGAUUAAGGUCUGGGGAGUUUCCUGACCAUGUGAACCCAAAGUUUCGAUGUUUCGUUCCCCGAGCCACUUAGUUAUCACUUUUGCCUCAUGGCAAGGUGCUCCAUCAUGCUGGAAAAGGCAUUGGUCGUCACCAAACUUUUCUUGGAUGGUUGGGAGAAGUUGCUCUCAGAGGAUGUGUUGGUACCAUUCUUUAUUCAUGGCUGUGUUCUUAGGCAAAAUUGUGAGUGAGCCCACUCCCUUGGCUGAGAAGCAACCCCACACAUGAAUGGUCUCAGGAUGCUUUACUGUUGGCAUGACACAGGACUGAUGGUAGCGCUCACCUUGUCUUCUCUGGACAUGGUGUUUUCCGGAUGCCCCAAACAAUCGGAAUGGGGAUUCAUCAGAGAAAAUGACUUUACCCCAGUCCUCAGCAGUCCAAUCCCUGUACCUUUUGCAGAAUAUCAGUCUGUCCCUGAUGUUUUUCCUGGAGAGAAGUGGCUUCUUUGCUGCCCUUCUUGACACCAGGCCAUCCUCCAAAAGUAUUCGCCUCACUGUGCGUGCAGAUGCACCUGCCUGCUGCCAUUCCUGAGCAAGCUCUGCACUGGUGGUGCCCCAAUCCCGCAGCUGAAUCAACUUUAGGAGACGGUCCUGGCGCUUUCUGGACUUUCUUGGGCGCCCUGAUGCCUUCUUCACAACAAUUGAACCUCUCUCCUUGAAGUUCUUGAUGAUCCGAUAAAUGGUUGAUUUAGGUGCAAUCUUACUAGCAGCAAUAUCAUUGCCUGUGAAGCCCUUUUUGUGCAAAGCAAUGAUGAUGGCACGUGUUUCCUUGCAGGUAACCAUGGUUAACAGAGGAAGAACAAUGAUUUAAAGCACCACCCUCCUUUUUAAAGCUUCCCGUCUGUUAUUCUAACUCAAUCAACGAAGCUUAGCCUUUAUCCCUUUCAUAAGUUACUGCUUAGAAAAAGAGGUCUCGUCUCUGAAAUGUAUUCCCUUCUAGUAAAGACUUAAUCCAAGCCACUUUCAAUUGACAGAUUGUGGAAUAAAGAUCUACAAUCAUUCAACAAUGUUCUCAAUUGGCAAACAAUAUAGCUCUAGCUUCCAGAAAUCCGAAUCACCAAAUUAUUCACUUUAAUUUUGUUCACAGAACUUAUUUUACUCCCCGGAAAUUAUAUCAAAUCAAUGCCCAACCAUCACAGAAUUGUACUCUCUGCUCUAAUGACACUCAUGGCACCUUCGUCCAUAUGAUGUGGGAAUGCCAAAGGGUAAAAUAAUUCUGGAAUAUGAUCUGCCCUGUGCUCUCCGUUUUAAUAUAUAAAAACAAUCCCAUGUUUACCAUCUGUUCUACUACUUAAUGACAGCUCAAAAGUAGAGCUCUCUAUUAAACAGAGAUGCCUUUGGUGAGUCAACAUAAAAAAAUGUAUCCCCCUCAAAAAAAGAAGGGUCUUUGCAAGUGUUAUCCACACGGAUUGUUUUAAAUCAAACUUUUUUUUUGUGUCUGGUCAAUGCUUCACUUCAAACUUCCAUUCAAGCCCUGGCCACUGGUCACAUUGAGGUAACCAAUCAGGUGCUGCUGCAUCUCACAGCCGAUCAGGUUUUGUUGCUGUUGCAUCUCACUGCCAAUCCCAUUGUUGUGUUCCUCUUCAGGAGCUGAUUAGCCAAGCGGCUCAGAUCCUCGGCUCGGUGGACUUCCUGGGUAACCCCAUGGGACUGCUCAACGAUGUCACCGAGGGCGUCUCCGAGCUCAUCAAGUAUGGCAAUGUGGGCGGGCUCAUCCGCAACGUCACCCACGGCGUGUCCAACUCCGCCGCCAAGGUAUCGUUGUUGGGGUUUACCUUCCUGUUUACUUGUGCUCUGUGUUGAUGUUGAUUGUGUUUAACUUUGCAUUAUGAAAUUACAGUAGGUGUCCCAGUUUCAAGACUACUACGCUGAAAUGAGGCAAGGCCAAGGUCUCCUCUCCAUUGACUUGACACACACACAGGUUGUUCUGUGCACUGAGGCUUUUCUAUCACUUUCCAUGAAAAUUGGCCUCUGCUUGCUUUGAUGGAUCAGUGUGUGUGUCAGCUCUGUCACUAAAUGUUAUGUGGCUUCCAGGAAAGGAGAUGGAACAGCACAGAAAGCUCAGGAGCAUUGCAGUUGUAUAACGACCUAACCUUAGGGCUGACCAACUCUUAGCUUGGCAUUGCAAACAUCUUUAAUAACAAAUUUAAAAAGCUUGUUGUGUUGUUAUAUUUAAUGGCUACUCUUAGGGAAUACAUAGAGUAUAUGUCGAUUUUAUAGCAGGUCUGUAUAUGUUCUAUUUUCUUGAUCAGUAACCUUCCAAGGACCAGUGUAAUGCCCCAACACUUAGGCCAUUCUGUCCCUGGACAGUAAUCGGGUAAUCUACAGUACAAUGAGACGUGUCCUGUUCCAAGCUAAAGGACCCAUUCUGGUUUUGGAACGUUUUCAGUCCAGAACCCAGGCAUUUAGCCCCACAGUCCUCCUCUCUCCCCUAUCCUCAGCCAGCUCUCAGCAGGCCUCUGGAAGAGACAGACAGGCCCCCACACUCCCCCUGCCAAACUAUGUCAGCCAGCUUAGUGUCAGUCAGCUCUCUCUCUCUUUCUGUUUCUCUCUCUCUCUCUCCCCCCCCUCUCUUUCUGUGCUCUAGCUCUCUCUCAUUCCCUCCCUCCCACUCUCUCUGUGCUCUCUUUGUCCCUUCUCACUGCAUGGCAAUUUACUCAUAUUUGUGCUGCGGCAUUGAUGUCAUGAAUUUCAGAUAGCCAGUAGGCCCGGUCACACAGCCCCUGUCUUAGCUCUUGACCAGCGCAUGUCCCCAGGCCCCCACACACCACACACACCAAUCGCGUCCUGCGCCAGAUUUCAGCUCUGCUCUGCAACUGUAACUUGCUGUUGCUUAUAGCAAAUGGAAUCACUGGGUCUGUCUACGCUUGGGAACACACACAUUGAGGUUGUGAGAUCCUGGGCACCAACUUUUCCUAUUGAGGCUGAGGCUAAUCCAUAAUCCUAGUUUAAUGCAGCGCUGCUCCUGUUGACUGGUUGAAAUCUUUGUAUCUGCGAGCCUAAAGAUUGAUAAAUGUUUUGUCUCAGCUCUGUCAAGGCAGUGUCCUGCAACGUUUGCUCUCCUGAAAAUGAAGGAUGACUUCUUCUCCUCCACUGACUUGACAUACUCAUCCCUCUCUGAAGAAAAACGAAAUGUCAUCAUUGGUUUACUUUAUUGUUUUUCUUUCUUCCAAUCAAAGGUUUUUCCCCUUGUUAACAAUCGCUUUGUUUGCUGAACAUAAACAAAAUAGGAGGAGCGCACGCACGCCACCCGCCCGCCCGCCCGCACACACACACACACACACACACACACACACACACACACACACACACACACACACACACACACACACACAGGGGUUUCAAACUUCUAAUAAAAAUGUAUUGCCAAGACGUGUGCCUCAUAAAAAUUCCAUGCCACAGUAUUCAAUGGAAAAAAGUUCAUCUCAAAAUGGUAUUUAAGUGUCUUGAUGAAAUUAAUUACCUUUUAAAUGAGUUAAUAACAAUCAGCUCAGGAAGUAUGGUGUCAAAAAUAAGCAAAACACUAGUUUAGUCACUUAACCAUGUUAAACCAGUCAUCUAAUUAUGCAUAAUUUCUCACUUGUAGGCAUCUACAGCCAUGAACCAUUGGCCUAACUGCUUCUGCAUUUCCACUUGAUGGUUGUUAUGCUUACUUUAUGGAUGUUAUUUUUCUAUUUUUUAUGGGUUGGUCUGCUCAACUCAUUCCCUGGCCCGGGUAGCAGACCUGCUACUAAAAACUAUUGCUAUAUAGACCUAUUUGACCUGUUCCACAUACAUAGCUAGCCUACAUUGAGGACAUUCUUGCAGGUUUUAUUGAGAGACUUCAAAAUUAUUGAUAGGAAAAUGGCAGAAAGGUGCGAAUAGAACUUGGUCAAAAAAUGUUGGUGUGCACGUGCUUAUGUUAGUGCGUGUGUCAUCUUGCAGCUGGUCACCUACACACCACAUGUAAAACAACACUGAAUAGUUUCCUUGUUCCUUGCUGGGUUUAGUUUCACCUGGUGCACCUCCACCCCUGUAAUGACUGACACUCCAUGUAAUCUCUGAGAUCCCUUAAACCUUCCUUGAUCACCCCUCACCAACGUUAAUACACCUGACGGGCCCCAUUUUCGCAUUGUGUGUGUCCUUCUGCAUAGAAAGGGGGGGAGGCGUUGUAAACUUAAAAGCAUCUUUAUCUCCCCCUCACUCCCCAGGGACACAGGUCUGGUAGUACAUUGGUUUAGUUUGACAAAGAGAAUAAAAGAGAAAAUGAAGAAGGAGAGAGUUGGCGCUGGCCUUCCAAUGAACUCUCCAGGGACUUUGCUUGGUGGGGUCAUCCCAAGUUCAGGCCUGGCGCUGGCUGCAGAGCGCGGCGGAGGGCCGGGUGUGUUUACACAGAACCCAGCCUCCUCUGAGCCCCCCCCCCCCGUAACACAAACCCACUUCCAGCAAGCACCUGCUGGGUGGAAGGGAGGAGGGAGAGCCUGGCUGGAAAGAGACAGGUCAGCGCUGGGGAAAGAUGGGGGUGGGAAGGCACUUCACUCCAGCAGACAAAUGACUCGCUGAUAUAUUGGCCAGAUGGAUGAGGCAGGCGACGUGUAAAAUCAGUUAUCUCUCCUCUGUCAGUCAUCGUCGUCGUCCCCCCUUGUCUCUCUAGUUCAGCUGUGGGGAUGAGAACCAGCUACUGUAGAACCUUUUCACUCAGUGAGGUUGUGAGCUCUGGAUAUGUGACACGCAUUUAUUGUGUUUUAAUAUGGCCAUUCAACAGCAGCACAUCCCUGGAAUCACUGAUAAACGGUGUCUUUUAGUCGUUAGAAAUUGGGCUUGGAUUUGCCAGGGACCUCACAAUAUGAUAUCAUCACAAUAUAAUAUCUAUACUAUAUUUAGGUGCCGAUAUGUAUUGCGAUUGUAUAUGAAUUGCGAUUCAAUACUGCGAUUUUAUUGCUAUUUUAUAUAUUGCUGACUAUAUCUGCUGCAGAGGGACAAGCGAGAGCAAUGAGAACGUGUUGGCUCACUAUUUAAAAAGAAGAUGGAGAACAAGCUAUAGAAAGAAAUACCAGAGUUUUGGUGCAGGAACAGCCGACUAGCGCUAGCUAACGUUAACUAACAACAUCAACAAAUGAUCGAUACUUGGAGUCAUACCAUCUAUAUAAUAUUGUGAUACUGUAUCGAUUUCUUCCCCCAUCACUAGAAAGAAAUGGACAACAUUUUCAGUAUGAGUUAGGGGGUUUUGUUAGAUGGCUUAGACUUGAGUUAGUAUCCUUUUAUAAGUUUGAAAGAGAGAGAGACAUCAUGCCUGUGUGAAUUGAAAGGUAUUUGACUGGGACAAAUGAGAGCCAGUCCAUCAUUCCACUGCAAGGCCUAGAGUGAGGGCUGCACUGGUCUAAUGGUCCCUACCUAGUAUGUGGGAGCAAAGAGCUGUACUGUGUGGUUGACCUGAAUCAGAUUAGACUGCAGUGAGCAAAGUAACAUAUUUUUAAUACCUUUUAAAUAAUGUAUAAAUAUAGAGAAAUGAAGGGGGGGCAAAACUGAGCCUUGAGGUACACCUUUUCUAAGACGUGAUAAGUAGACGUGAUGCUGCAUUAUUCAAGACUAUUUCCAAAUACUGCAAUAUACUGUGUGUAAAACAUGCUUGAAAUGAAGGGUUCUGCUGAUAUGGUGUGAAAAAUACUGACCGAAGUGACACUCUCUCUCUCUCUGUCUUCUUAGUUUGCAGGGACUUUGUCGGAUGGGUUGGGCAAGACCAUGGACAAUCGACAUCAGAACGAACGAGAGUACAUCCGUUACCAUGGCGCCACCAGCGGAGAGCAUCUGGUGGCUGGGAUUCAUGGAUUGGCUCAUGGUAUGUACUAUUACAGUAAUACUGUAGUGCUACUAAUAAUACUGUAGUAAUACCACUACUGACUGUAGUCCGUCUUUCACUUUCAAUAUGUGACUUGCAUUUUAUUAAUCUAACAUUAGAUAGAUCCACUGGGUUCCAUUGCACAGUGAGGACUAUCAGGCCUUUUAAUCUGUAAUAGAUCAGAAUCCAUUGUGCUGUUCGUGAGGAGUCUCACCUGGUUCUUAUCUGGUGUUCCACAGGUAUAAUCGGAGGGUUGACCAGCGUCAUCACGUCCACAGUGGAGGGGGUGAAGACUGAGGGAGGAGUCAGCGGCUUCUUCUCUGGCCUGGGGAAAGGCCUGGUUGGUACGGUAACCAAGCCGGUGGCCGGUGCGCUGGACUUUGCCUCGGAGACCGCACAGACGGUCCGAGACAUGGCCAGCCUCAGUAACCACAGGUAAGUCCCUAAACCCGGAGAGACAACAUGUCAUAACACCAAUUUUACAAUGAGAAUGACUCCUAAAUGGCAACUUUCAAAGAAAAACGUUACAUCCCUAGUGCUUCUCUCAAUGGGAGUGGCAUGUGUGGAAGAUCGCUUCCACUUUUGAUCAAUUGUUACAUUCAACAUAGAAAGGGUUUGAAUCUUAACGUAACUGUCCAGUGUAAAUCUAACUAUUAAAAGUUAAUAUUCUGUUAACCCAUACCCAAAUAAUGUUGUUGACUCAUCCUACAGUCGUAUUUGUUGCCAAAGCAUUAAUUGGAGAAAACACUUCAAAAACCUCAUCUCAAACAUGUAUCUCAAACAGACCGUUUAAGAAAUGCUUGCUAUUUCCUCAGAGGUUGAUGUAGGAAUGAUCUGGCCAGUCAACAGUCUACUCGCAUUAAUAUUUUUUAUGACUGGUAUAUGCCCACACCAUUCCAACACAGAAAAGCUGCUUUUUAGCAUACUUAAAGGUCCAAUGCAGCCGUUUUUAUCUCAAUAUCAAAUAAUUUCUGGGUAACAAUUAAGUGCUUUACUGAGAUUGUUUUCCAAUAAAAAUUCUUAAAAAAAAAAGCUAAGAUAAUUGCUUCUUAGCAAAGAGUAAUUUAUCAAGCAAUAAUUUUGUUAGGACUGUCUGGGUGUGGUCUGAGAGUGGGGAGGGGAAAACUGAAAACUAGCUGUUAUUGGCAGAGAGGUUUGGAACUCUCUUUCUUAUUGGUCUAUUAACUAAUUUACCCAAAACUCCAUCCCACCUAAACAGGCUAAAAUAUAAUUUUCACAAUUUCACAGUAUUAUUCUAACCUCAGUGUAGAAAUGUAUAUAAAACACAGGAAAAUCUCGUUUUUGACUGCACUGGGCAUUAAAUCUUUUUUUUUACUAACUAUUUAACUCAUGUUGUAAUUAAUUAUAGGUCAUAUUUCAUAGAAAUCUGGAAACACUGUAUAGUUACUUUAAUAUUGGUGCAGGGUCUCAUGUAUUUCAGAAUUGUGUGUGAUACUCACAUACUCCUGUGUGUGCACGCCAACUUGACUAGGAAAUGGUAUGGUAUGUGUGUGCUCGCAUUUAAGGGGUUGAUUAGAGAAGGUGUGCGCAUGUACUUGGAACGCGAAGGGACCUGCAGAUGAACUGUUUCUGCUGUAUAAGCGAGGCCCUAUUCAGGGAGGGGAGUGGAGGAAGCGGGAGGGGAGAGGAGAGGAGGGGAGAGGAGUGGAGAGAAGGGGGGGAUGAGGGAGGGGGCAUCCGAAGCGUGCCUGCCACAGUGUGUCUACGAGUUCAGCCAGAGUUCAACCCAGAGAAUGUGCCGGAAUCAUGGGUCACAGCGGACACUGAUCACGCUAUCACACCCACUCAAUAACACACUCAAACAGGUAGAGACUAAACACACACAUUUAUGCUUUCACUCGCAUACACACUUAUACUCUCACAUAUCAACACACUCACAUACUCACUCACACACACACUUGCUCCCCAACACUGUCAUACCAUCGCGUACAGAAGAAAAGCUGUAAAAUGAUUUAAGGGAAUAAUGGGGGGGUUAUAUAGAGUUCUUCCUACUGUGGAUUGAGUUGCUCAUCACAACCUUCUACACUGUGCAUGCAGCCCUUUCCUUUUCCCUCUGUGUGACUGGCUCAGAUCACAUCUCCAGAAAAACACACACUAGGAAACAAACAAGUCAAUGAGAAGCAGACGUUGUGGGAUGGUUCGCACUCCCGUUGCUCUCCUGCCCUGCUCGUGAACUCUCCCUCCUGUCUUUCACACACACACACACACACACACACACACACACACACACACACACACACACACACACACACACACACACACACACACACCUUCCCUCAGUCCUGGCAACCCUCUAGAGCCAGCUCAAUUACAAUUCCCAAACAAAGGGGGAGAGACGCACUCCUCACACCCCUUCAGCACACUGUCAACCCAGUCCUAGGCGUUCCUUCACUACAGUACACUACACUGAGGAGAAGCAGAACAUUAGACUAAUGUUUUCAAAACCCGCUUAUAGGAAAGAUAUACAGCACAUUACUGUAAGUAAUUGACCUAGGUAGCAUUGUUGGCGAUCUAUUAGUUAGGUAUAGUCAUGGCAUCAGAUUUAGACGCUUAUUCAAUCUGUUGGUUUAAAUGAAUGAACCAAGGAGAAAUCUACAGUAUGCACAAAGCAAGUCCACCAACUCUUUCUAUCCCAACUUAGAAAAUGAGCAUGACAACAGUGAAACCACAGGGCUGGAAAGUGAGAGGAGAGGAAUGUUUUUAUUUUGUCAACCCUGCAUAAGAAAUGCCAGACAGACAUGCUAAUGAUGUGUCUCGCCACAAGCCAUCUACACACUGGUACGGAAUGUGUUUUAGCAUGACCGCCAUUCCACAUCUCUAGGAGGAUGGGGGUUAUUCCACCAGCAUGCCAAGAUAUUAACUUCUGUAUAGUCUAGAGACUAUCUAUAAUCUAUAUCUUCUUCUAACAAGGUAUACCUCUCUGCAGUGCAUGCCAUGAAAACUUGAGCCAAAUGCUGUUAGGUGUUCCCACACGGCUGUAGGGUCACAUUUUGUAGGCUCCAUAAGGUUUUCAAAUGGAGGAACUACCACCUGAGCUUGUCCAAUAGGAAAGGUCCUAAGUGACGACCUCUUAUAUUAAUUUGGAUCUGCAAAUUCAUUCGAGCCUUCCAGAUGGCAUAGUGGAGUUAUUAGCAUAUUGCUUAUGCAGUAACUACCCAUCCAAUCCACUCUGAUCUACAUGAAGUGCCUAGGGCCAGGGGCGAUGUGGGAGAUUGGGCAGUGCUGUCUCCUGGAGGAGAACAGCCGGAGCAGGGCAGUGCUGUCUCCUGGAGGAGAACGGCCGGAGCAGGGCAGUGCUGUCUCCUGGAGGAGAACGGCCGGAGCAGGGCAGUGUGUGUAAGCUGCUGACAGCAGUCUGUUCCUCCUCCAGGCAGGCCUCCAGAGCCUGACCCACAGAUGAACCACUUAGCCAGGCUAGCGGGCCAGAUCUGCCCUCUCGUCUCAUCUCCAGAGCUGCCCACAAGGCUGGAACGCUUCUCCCUCUCCUUCUCGCAUGUCACAGCUACACUGCCAUUCUAGUCAACCUGGCUUGUCCUACGCUAUUCACACUGAUGUGGAGCUGUGGCUUCCCCCCCAAUUUUUCACCCGUGGCUGACAACGGCCGGCGCCUCUCUCCGUCUCUUUGUCCACACACCCACUUACUUACUUACCUACCUACCCAGCCAGCCAGCCAAAGGAGCCCUCCUCAUAUACAGCCCCCUGGCUCCCGGCGCCCAGACUGCCCACACACUCCCAUUCCACCACAGCAGCGGUUCCAGCUGCAGACAGCCUGGAACCUGUCUCUCCCCAAGAAAAGCAAACCCCCGCAGCCCAGCCCAGCCAGGCAGAGCAGAGCAGCACAGUGCCGCCUUUGUGAAUCCACCAGAGCCCAUCGGGCCCUAAUCAAAAGACCGCAGCCCGGGCAGAUUCAAGCCAGAUGUGGGAAUUCCAGCCGGGCCCGGGCUGACUCUGGCAGUCAGGAAUAAGAGGGGUAGGGGGUGAGAUGGAGAGGGGGGGGUGGUGGUGUUGUCUGAAGGGGAAGUGAGACCUUAGCUCAAACCUGGGCCUGGCACUGGCAGGUUGGCACCAGGGCACUGUGACCUCUUCACCUCUCAACAGCCUCACAGGUCCUUUCCAGUCUGAAUCAGUCUCAACCAGUGUUCUAUAUACCACCUUACGCACUGUGUUGAGCUGUCAUGUUGACCUGCCAUGUUGACACCGUAUUUGGCACCUAUUUAAAGCUGCUGUGCUAAGCUGUUAUGUUGAUGCUAUGUAUUUGGUAAAGCUGCUGUGCUGAGCUUUUGUUAUAUUGAUGGUCUGUAUUUGGCAGCUAUACUGACUGCUGCUGCUGCUCUCUGUUUUCCAUCCUGUGUUGCAGGUUGAGUGUGCUGCGGGUGAGGAAGCCACGCUGCUGUAAGGGACCCCAGGGCCUGCUGCCCCGCUUCUCCUCCACCCAGGCCGACGGACAGGAGCAGCUCUUCCACCUCACUGACAACAUCCACUCUGAGUUGUGAGUCACACUCCUGUUCUGAGCUUCCAGAGUUAAACCACUAUCUGGCCAUUCACCCUUGUUUUGGUUGGGCAACAAUGUAAGAACACAGUGUAAGAACAGUGGCCACAGUGGGUGUAGACUUUUGCUCCAGCCCUGCUCUAACACACCUGAUUCAACUCAUCAUAGACUUUCAUUUACACCACAAUGAGUUGGUGAUGAUCUGGAACAAAAGCCUGCUGAAUAUGUUAACUUAUUUAAAAGGUUUGGAGAAAUGCUAUUGCAUCACACGGAAAACUGUUUAGUUUAAUAUUGCAUUGAAUUUAAGUUUAUGUUUAUUAAUACAGAUUUAGUAUCUCUAGAGUGAGAAAGAGACAUGAAAUCCCUAGAUGGGUCACUAGCCUAUCCUGUAGCCAGUCUCUCUGCUGGCCCUGAGAACAUUUGUCACCUCAGAGGCUAAUAAAUCCAGAGAGGCAGCAGAACCCUGUCUCUAGCCAUUGACCUCUGACCUUAGAGAUGUUAACCAGACAAUUACUCAGCUCAGCCUCUGGGCUGCCUGGCCCACACUUCACUGUUCCCAUGGGACUGCUGCUCACACCAUGUGUGUUAAUGUUAGCAUGUGUUGUGCAAAGCUUUUGUGUGUGUGAGAGUUUUAGGAAAUGACACACAUAGUGGUUACUUGAAAGCAAGUGCCUCCAGCUUUUUAUUUUCGUCAGGGAAUCAACUCCGAUCUCUCUAGCUCACUCAUUUUUGCCAAACAAGUCAUGAUUUCUAAAUAUUUAUCUCUCUCUCCCUUACUCUCUCCCUCCCCACUUAGCUUCAUUGCUGUGGAGCCCAUAGACACCUACUGCGUGCUCAUAUCUUCCAAAGUGGUCUACUUCCUCAAGCCCGGGGAAUUUGUGGACCGCGAGGCCAUCUUCCUGGAGGUCAAGUAUGAUGACCUGUACCACUGCCUGGUCUCAAAGGACCAUGGGAAGGUGUAUGUGCAGCUCACCAAGAAGGCAGAGAGCACCAGCAGUGGCGUAGCCAUGCCAGGCCCUUCCCACCAGAAGCCUAUGGUAAGACUUCCACAACCCUAUAAGAACUAUUCUGUAGUGUUAAUGAAUUAACUUCUUAAUAAUUGCAUUUGUAUUAUUUCUUCAUUUAUUUAAGCAAAAUCUUGCACAUUUUAAAAUCGAAAAACAGUCUUUUUUUUACUUGUCAAGUAUAACAUUUUUUAUUUACUUUUUAUAUUGCUAAUGGUUUUCAUAGGUUGCCUCAAUGUUAAAUUAGGGUCAUUUUCCCUCAUGUCCUAAUAGGUUCAUGUGAAGAGCGAGAAUCUUGCUGUAAAAAUCUCUCAAGAAAUCAACUAUGCCAAGAGCCUUUACUACGAGCAGCAGCUCAUGCUGCCGCCCAAUGAGACUGAAGACUGCCUACUAUUGGACUCAUAACUGACCCCUGGAAAGGGUGGCACAUACACAUGUUCCUCCUGUUUCUUCCCACUGAAAGUAGUCUUUAAUAUGUUGCGACAGUGUCUGAAGAUAUGAUCCACAAUCACUAGAGAAUAUCUCCUAUGUCUCUCUAAGGACGGAAUGCCCUAUCCUGGUCCUGGAAGGCAACAGCCUGCUAAUUUUCACCGCCCUGAUAUGAAGAAAACUAGCCCAGUGCAAAGUGAAUGGGCUUGUUGGACUGACCAUCUGUAUGGGUAUGGGUAUAAGGGCUUUGCAGCUUUGUGUGAAGUGAAGCCCAUCUUGGGUCAGGAUCGUCCUCUGCUGCACUUGGUUUAGUAGCGCAACAUAGUUUAGACUUAGAGGGUCCGACAUCCCAAGAUGCACACGAUUUAAACGAUGAAAAUAAAUAUGCUAACAGGUGUUUUAUUGACUUCUGUAUAUUUAGAACACAAUACGAUGACACAGAUGUUUUAUUUUACAAAAAUGUUUAUAAGAUAAGACUGGUAUAUGUCAGUAGAUGUACGGGUAGUGUUAUAUUAUGUUUGUGAAUAGACACCUAUGUACAUAUAUAGCUACAUACCAAUAUAACACUAUAGCUAUGUACAUCACCAGGUUGGAGAAACAAUAUUAUUAUAAUUAUGGAGGUUAAUAUGAAGUGAAAUGCUGUACAAAACUGCCUUUAAAAUGUCUUUAUUUUGUGUAUAAAAGUAUUUUCGGGUUGAAUUCAUUGCACUGACACUUAGUUUGGACACACUGGCUGCUCUUUCCCUCCACCUGGCCACACCCACCCCACAGGGAAGGCAGUCGGGGGAGCUGCCACUCAAGUCCCUAGCCUUUUACAAUCAUGGGCCUCUGUCUGGUUUCGGUCACCGUUUUAUUUAAUGACUUUUUUACCAGUGUCCUUUUUAACCGAUUUCUUCUGAGAGCUCUAGGUUUGGGAAUGUGUUCCUUGAACAUUGAGUUUCUAUCUACUGUGAUCAGACCAGGGGCCUUAGUUACACCCAAUGCUUGUGAAAGGUGGAGGACAUGAGCUUUAACCUGUGGAGGAGGAGGAAAGAGAUUGAAUUGAUGACAUUGCUUAUAAUAAAGCACCACAGCUGCAGUACUCGAUACUAUUGACCCUCUGUGCCUGUUACUGAACCAAAUAUCAUGAUUUCCAUAUCAUCCGGUGCAUCCUUACUGUUUAUUCACCCAAAUUAAAGGCAUAAUCUGUAACUACCUCUGCACUCUGCACAUAAAUUAAGCACCCACUGCUAGCACCUCAUUUACAGUGGCGAUUUUUGCAUGUAAAUCUUGGUGGGGCAAAAAACAUAUACA